CUCUCUGGUUCGCGUCGCGAGAUCCGGCAUAGAAAUUGUCCUCUCUUCCUUUCUUUUCCUUUCUCUCUCUGUAUUUCGUUGCUACCCCGACUUUACGAUUAUUAAUAUCGAUCAAGUUCCUCGCUCGCGAUCGGGUUUUCGACCGUGAGAUUUGCAGUGAAUCCACAACGAAAGAAGAAACGAGCGAAAGUGUGAUUUUUAGAAUAGAAUUUCAUUUCAAUUGAUGAGACCGAUCAGUCAUAGAGAUCGUCAGUUGGGUCGUAGCAAGAAUUCCCUGCGUUUGCCGCGAUGCUAGCCCAUAAGCGAGACGAGGCGGCGAGCAGUUGAAGUGGUUAAAAAUGUCGCAACAGCAUCCGUCGAGGCCACCCGGAGGAGGCCAUGUACCUCCGGGUGGUUGGUCUGGGCGACCUAAUGCGCCGAGUCCCUUCAGGCCCGCUUCGCCGUACACGCCGUCGUCAUCGCCGCAUCCGCAAGGGCGGCUCCACCGUGGGCCUCCGACUCCGGUCCAUCCAGCUCAUCCCAUGUCGCCGCUCGUCUAUCCCGGAAUAAUAAUGCAUCCGAUGAGCCCGGUGCCGAUCGGGAUGCCAAUCUCACCCGGGAUGUCGCCUGUCUUCGGCUGCCCGACUUCCGGUUACAUCCAGUGCCCAAGGCCACGGUGGCCUUCGCCGAUUCCUAUGGGUAGCCAAGCGCCAAGGCCAUUCAUACCGACGCAGAGCUCUUUCAGAAGCGAUUCGGCAUCACCGUUACCAUGCGCCCCGCCGGAAUAUCUGAUAACACCCUACAGACCCGGCGAUUACGAGUAUAUUGGCGUACCCUUGGACCAUACGCAGACGGACGAGGAAAGCAGUGGUCCCAGCACAGCCGAGAUCAUCGCCAGUCAGAGUCAAGAUUACGUGGAUGAAAAACUCGCCGAGUAUCAAGCCACGAUCCAACAACUGCAGGACGAACAAGAACGUGUGCAGAAGAAAACCUUCAUAAAUUGGAUCAAUUCUCAUCUGUCGAAGAGAGUUCCAUCGCUUCAUAUUGACGAUUUAAUCGAGGAUCUGAAAGAUGGCACGCGACUUCUUGCGUUACUAGAAGUUCUUUCAGGGGAAAAACUGCCCGUAGAGAGAGGUCGUAAUUUAAAGAGACCGCAUUUCUUGAGUAACGCCAAUACCGCGUUGCAAUUUUUACAGAGCAAAAAAAUCAAAUUAGUAAAUAUAAACUCGUCCGAUUUGGUCGAUGGACGACCGCCAGUAGUGUUGGGCCUAAUAUGGACUAUCAUCUUAUAUUUCCAGAUCGAAGAGAAUACGAGAGCCCUCGAAUAUCUUGGACACACCUGGGGCAGUCAGAGCAGCCUCGAAAGUCUCGGCUCGGCGGCGAGCGAAAGGAAACGCAUCAGCAGUGAAAAAUGGAAGCAAAGCGCACGGAAAACGUUGCUUCAAUGGGUCACCAACGCCUUGCCCAAGGACGUUGGUAUUCAAGUUCGAGAUUUCGGAGAAAGUUGGAGAGACGGAAAUGCCUUCUUAGCCAUCAUCGAUGCUAUAAAGGCCAACUUAGUAAACAUAGCAGCUAUGAGAGAAGCAUCGAACAAAGCUCGGCUGGAGACAGCCUUCCAGGUUGCCGAGAUCGAACUAGGCAUUGCCCGAUUGUUGGAUCCUGAAGAUGUAGACGUACCGCAACCUGACGAAAAGUCUAUCAUGACAUACGUCGCCCAAUUUUUGCACAAAUAUCCGGAACCAGGAAAUACGGCUCCUGAUUCCUUCGCGGCUGUACAAGAAGAAUACGACGGUCUACUUAAAUGGCUAAAUGAGAGAGUCAGGCAUCUCGAACAACUUGAUAGAACAAACGCCUAUCCACAAAGUUAUCCGGAAUAUAUGCUGUUUAGAGCAGAGACUGAUGAGAAAUCAAUUAUAUAUAAAAAGAUGCAAAGUUUGGUCGAUACACCUAGUAUGAUAAGCAUCACACGAGAUUCUUGGAGACAUAUACAAAUGUUGUGGCAGCAAAUGGAACUCUUCAUGCUGCACUGGCUCUGGUUGUUAGAUUCAACAUUGCCGGGAGAAUUAGGAGAAGUCGGUAGAUGGUUGGCGAGAGCCGAAGCUCUCUUACACUCGGACAAUAAUAUACCGGAAGAAAUGUCAGAAAACACAGCGAAUAUAAUCUCGAGCAAGUUGGAAGAUCAUAAAAAAUUCUUCCUCGAUUUACCGACAAUGACGGAGAAAUUCCAACAUGCCAAGAACUCACCGUUGGCGAGACAAGUUCGGCCUGAACAAUUAGAUAAUAUGUCCGCGCGCUUCGAUAGCUUGCCCACUCGCGCCGCUAAGAGAAGAGUGAAAUUAAAAUUCUUAGAGCACAAAUGUUGCCUGAUUGCUUUCCUACAUCUCGUUGAGACCAAACUGAAAGGCUGGAAUGUCAAAUACGGCACGGAGGAGAAAGUACAUCAGAUGUUAGACCAAUAUCGCAACUUUGUUUCACGAAAUAGGAUAUUCCAGGAAUUUCAGAAGGCUUAUUUGGACAUGCAGCAAGUUGCAGAGGAAUACAAGCGUGACGGUGAUAUUGAUCGAGAAGAGAGCCUUAAUAUCGAUCGCUUUAUGCGCGAGACGGCCGAAAAAUGGAAGAACGUGUCGAUGGAUCUGCGCUGCGCCCAAAGUAUGCUUGAGGAAGUUGUCGCAUAUUGGCGUCGUUGGACCAUCAUUUCAGACGAAUUCGAGGCAUGGCUACAUCGCGCUGAACCCGCCUUAAAUCUUGCCGAAGAGGAAAGGAUGGAGUUCUUUCAAGACAUCAGCGUGUGGAAGGAUAAACAUCAGCAGUUAUCGGAUACUGUAAGCUUUCUGAUUGCCACAUCCGACGAAGCGGUCGCAUUUCGCCUGAAGGAACGUUAUACGAAUCUGACAACAAGAUGGGAACAGCUAUUCCCAGAAGCCAAACAGUAUAUGCACGCAGGUGAUCUCAUUCGAACGAGAAAGGACUACAAGGCGGGAAUAGAGACUCUGCAGAACUGGCUAAGAGACGCCGAGGUUGCCUUAUCGACCACUGGAUUGAGCUCUACGGAACGGAUCAAGGCUUACGGAGAGAAAUUACAGACUCUUCAUAACGAAGUCGAGGGGAUUGAAAAUCUUUUCAAGAAUAUCAGUAAGAAAUUCCAGACUCUUAUCCAGGACUUGUCCCGCGAUGAAGUUGACAAGAUGAUGAACACUCUGAAGAAGGAGAAAGAAGCGCUUGUUAAGGUACGUGCCUUAAUACCGAUGCAAUUGCACUUAUAUCACCAAUUAUUGGUGCAACAAGAAUCCCUAGAAGCAGGACAAAAGGAGAUAUCCGCGUGGCUAGAUGAAGCCGAGAGUUUUCUGGCCAAUAUCAAUCUCGCGGGUGGUAGAGAUGCUGCUCUGGCUCAAUUGGAUCGUCAUAAAGUCUUCUUUUCGAGGACGCUCUACUACAAAUCCAUGCUAGAGUCUAAGAACAAAGUGUUCGCUAAUAUCGUCAAGGCUGUGGACAGUCACGCCGACGUGGAAACUGCUGAAGGUGGAGCUACUUUAAGAGGACUCAACGAUCGAUUUGUUAAAGUCUCUCAAGCGGCACAAGUCUGGGAACAACGUUUGCAAGAGUCUGUGCGACGCUGGACAAAGUUUAAAGAAUGCGAGCGGCAAAUCUCCGAAUGGCUCUCAGUUGCCGAGGCAAUGAUCAAUGAGAAGCAUAUCGAUAACCGUCAAUCUGUUGAAUAUCAUAAAAACUUCUUUGGUAAAGUUAAGGAAAAAUGGAUACAGGAUCUCGUCAAGGCUGGUCAAGAUCUUCGAAAUGCAUUACCAGUUGAUCAGCAACUCUCCAUCACAAACACAGUGGAGGCUCUUCAAAAUCGUUGGAGAGAAGUACUGACCUUUGCGCCGCUUCAUCUAAUGAGACUCGAGUUCCGUCUAGAUGAGGCUAGUUUUCUUCAAUAUCUCAAAGAAAUCGAGAUGGAGAUCAAUUCCGAGCAGCAAGCACUCAUCAACAACGAUGAUGUAGACAGUAUUCAGCAGCGUAACAGAGAAUUUUUCGUGAACCGCGGCACCGUUCUCGAGGUUGAGCGUUGUCUACAGACUUUGAAGAAAAUCAGCGAUGCCUACAGCAAGCUCAAACCGAGAGACACCAGCCUUGCUGAUGCUGCGCAAAAUGCUGAACGUUUAUGGGAAGAAACCGCGCAGAAAGUAGAGAACUUGAGGGAACAGUUGCGCGAAGUUCCACAACAAUGGGCGACUUACAGACAGAAGUUCGAUGAAAUGGUGCAUUGGAUGGACCAUGUUGACAGCACGUUGAGAACUAUUUUACACGAGGUCAAUACUCUAGAAGAAUUCGAGAAGGAGAAGACUAUAUUUCAGAAAAUUUGCCGUGAAGCUGACAGCAAGCGUGAAGAAAUGAAAUGGCUAGUUCAAACUCUCGACAACCUAACAUUGAAUCGUUCGGACCGCGAUGCACUUACAGCACAGCAGAAUUUGGAACAACUGAUAACUCGAUAUAAGAAUCUGAUACCGACGAUCGAAAUUACAAUGACCAAGACAGACAUCUAUUCAAAGAGUUACACAUAUCGCAAAGAAGUACGCGAGGUGUGUACCUUAUUGCGCAAGGUUCGCGAACAAUCAAAUGCUGAAGUCGCACCAGAGGUUCCUGAAAAAUUACAAAGCGCAGUGGCUCAUCAGGAAUCCCGUCUUAAUCAGUUAGAGCAACAGCGCGCGACCAUUGUCAGUAUGUUACAACGCGGCAAAGAUCUUCUGAAAGAUCAACACGCCCCGCCUUUCGUCUCUUCUGAAGUUCAGCAGUUGGAAGCCAACUGGAACGACACGUAUGGUCAAAGUAUGGAAACAUUGAAGUCUUUGAGGGACUCGCAGAGACUUUGGAACACCUAUCAAGAACAAAAGGAAGAGAUUUUGAGAUUGAUCGCGCAAGCCGAGAAAGAACUGCGUCAAAUCGAAUUAGCAUCUUAUUACGAUGCCGCUCAAGUAUCUUCUGAUCUGCAAAAGAAACAGGAAUUCAAUGCAAAUCUGAGAAAAUCAGCCGAGGAAAUGAUGAGGAAAUUACGUGAAACAUAUACUAAUCUUUCUCAAACGCUCACACCACCAAGCAAGAAAGAAAUUCUGGAAAAGGAAGUGACGGAAACCGAACAGAAGAUGGAGCACACACUGAAAAUCGUGCGCGAGAAAGUUGUUUAUCUUCAGGAACAUAGCAAUCGAUGGAAUAAAUUUCAAUCAAAGUUCACGGAGCUCCGAUCCUGGAUUCAACAAACUGCGCCCCAAUCAGUCGCAGAUAUUGAAGAUUCCACAGCCUGGCCUGAGGAACGAGUUCGUAAGACGGAAAAUCUGCAGAAAGAGAUAAAGGACAAGACGUCGAUUUUACAUACAUUGGAAGACGAAUCCCGGAAACUCAUAAAAGAAGACUGUAAAGAUGUACCGGCGAAGCAACUUCGCGAGGACAUCGAGAAUCUUCAUAAGGCAGUUGAAUCGUUGAAUAAGAGCAUAGAAACUCAGCGUAAAUUGGCUACGAAAAAUCUUGCAACAUGGAAAGAAUACGAAGUAGGCAUUCAGAAGAUAAAACCUUGGAUUGAACAAGCGGAGUCUAAAGCAGCUGCAAUGGGCAGCAAACCCACCACUUUGGCCCAAGCCACGCAAAUGUUAGAAUCAGCAAAGGCCUUUGAAGUUCAAUGUCAACAGCAUCUUCCGAAGGUUCAGAAUUUGUCAACAAUUAGCCAGCAGAUAACUGGAAGAACAGUGGCACCUGAUGAAGUCGAUGCUGUACACACACGAUGGAACGCAGUUCACGACGUGGCGGUACAAACGACGACCAAGCUGGAUAAAUUAGUUUCAUCAUGGAACACUUUCGAAUCAGAAGUGAAAGAAUUCAAUGAGUGGUUACAGAAUAGUGAAAGGGAAGCUCUCAAAGAACCUAAUCUUCAAACACCGGAAGCCGCAAAAUUGGAGAAGGAAUUGGCGCAAUUGAAGGAAUUCAACAAAAGCAUAUCCGAUCAUCAGGCUCAAUUGAUAUCGUUGACUCAAGUUUCCGAUCAUAUUAGCCAUGGUUUGUCGCUGGACGGUGCCUCCGCAUUAAAAGGUCGCGUUGCUGAAAUAAAGGCCAGGGUAAGCAAACUUGCGGACACAGUUCGACAUCAUAUCAAUCGUGUCUCUGACUCGUUGUUGGCCCGACAAGAAUUCCAGAUGAAGAUCACCGAUUUCGAGAACUGGAUGACGAGACUAAGAUCUAACAUCAAUGAGAUUGGAGACGUGAAUGUGGAUAAUGUCGAUACUAAUUUACAAACGAUGCAUGCUUAUCUUCAAGAGCAUUCGGAAAAACAACCGGCAUUUACGGCAAUCUACAACGAAAUAAAACAACUGUCGUCGCGAGGUUCCGUGUUGGAAGCCGCCGCAUUGGACGAGACAUAUACGUCUUUGGCGAAAAAGUACAAGGCUCUCGAAGACGACCUGAGAGAGAAGAAGAAGGGUCUAGAGAAGUGGAUCGAACUUUUGAGCUGGCAUAAUGACGCUAAUGCACAAUUGAAUCAUUGUAAAUACGAAUCUGACGCUAGAAAACCAACUAUCGCUGAUCUUGAUAGACUUUCUUCGGACCUUCAAGUUGUAUAUACGAAGAUUAACACUUGGAAGGAACAUGUCCCACUAAUGGAUAGCACUCUGGGAUUACACAUUCGUGACAAGCAAGAGAGACCACUUACCGCGACUUCCUUACUGAAUGAUCUUGAAUCCAAGGCUACGGUGUUGAAGACGGAAUUAUCUGCUAAACGCGACAAAUUGGAGAACCUUGGUGCUAAAUGGGAUAACUUCCGAAAAUUGCAGCAAAAAAUUACGGAAGAAAUUGUCAACACUCAGACGAGCCUGCAAAACAUCACGUAUACUGUUGACACUUGCGGCAAACUCGCGCCGGCAAUUGAGAAGAUAGACGAUCUGAUCGAGGAUCAUCAGAGACGAGAACCAGACAAAGAAAUCCUUCAUCGAGAAGGUGAAAAUUUGAUGAAAGAGGAUCAACGAGCGAUAACUAAUAUUCAGGUAGUGGUCUCUUCGGUGGAUAGUAACUGGGAAAAAGUGAAUGAACUCUUGCGCGAGCAGAGAAGGAAAUAUGCUGAAAUGGAUGCUGAUUGGAAGCAGUAUCAGGAAGCCAAGGAGAAAUUGAACAAAUUCAUUGAUGAAGCGAAAAAUCUUUGUCAGUCAGUCAGAGAUGUGUCUACUGACAUUACUCAGGCAAGUGUGGCUCUGGAAAAGCACAAAAGAGCUUUGGAGAUCUUGAAGAAAGGUAAACAGUUUUUGGACAAGAUGGAUGGCAAGGCGCAACAACUGGCGAAAGAAACGUCGCUAAUGCCGAACUUCAAGACUUGUCUGAUCGAAUCAGACUUGUCUGAUAUACGAAAGAAAUACCACGAGAUUAACGCCAAGGUGAUUGAUCGGACUCAAGCGUACGAAACGCAAGUCAUUAUCUGGAAGCAGAUCGAAGAAGCAAAAUAUGAUCUCACAAAGUGGCUCGGCGACACGAACGAUUCGCUCACCGCGGCUUGCGAGCGUUUACUCGACGCUGAGAGUGGACAAGCGCUAUUGAUUAGAUAUCGCGAGGAAUUGCCAGUGUAUCAACAACUUCGUCAAGGGAUCGCCACAAAAACCAAACAACUUGUCAAACUGAAUGAUGACAUGGAUAUCCCGACUUUGAAAUCCCUCAAUGAUUUAUUGGAUGAACAAUUCAAAGUUGUUAAAGAGGCCGCGGAUAAGCUCGCGUCGUUUACAUCAACUUUCAAUGAAAAAGAAAAAGGCAUUAGACAAGAGCUGAAGAAAUGUAGCGACAUAAUAUCGAAGAUUCGCGAAGAGAUAAUUAAAUGUGAUGAUCUAACCGGCGAGAAUGCCAAGAUUCUGCAUAGAAUUAAUAAGUGUCAAGAGUUGAAAGCCGAGCUGGAAAAAUGCGAUUACGCACUUUCGGAAAUUGAUGAGAAAUUGACAGACAUGGUGUCAGAGUAUCCAACUAUAUCAAAGUCCAGUUUGCCAAAAGAAUUGCAGGCGUUGCAACUACGUAGAGACGGCGUGGUCAGUCAUGCCGACAAAGUUAACGCUACAUUGGUGGCCUUCUUGACAAAACUUUAUCACGAGAAAUUUGGCGCUCUGCAGCGUAUGGUGGCGACUCAUAAGGAAAAAGUAGCCUGGUGCGAACCCGAACAGAGCAGCGAUCGUUACAAUCUCGAGGUGAAGAUGGCCUCGUUGGUCGAUGUGGAAAAUGGCAUUGCCGAUUGUGAAGCACGAAAAGUAGACACAGAUAAUUCGCUGACACUUCUAGGCACUGUCGAGAGUAGCGAGACAAUUUCUGCUCUCAGAGACGAACGCGACAAAGUCACCGCUGACUUAGAGUCCCUGAAGGUCAGCUUUCGUAAGAUCAAAUCCGUGCUGAAGCAAAAUAUUGCUUUAUGGCAACGGUACGAGCUUACAUCGGAAAACGUAGUUUCCUGGCUUAAAGAGAAUGAAAACAAAAUCAGAAUGGAGGCAACAAUGCUCUUAAAUCCGGAUGAAAUUGACACGAAGAUCACCGAGAUAAUGCAGCUUCAAAAAAAGGUCGAGAAUUAUGAAAGUGAGAUGAAGGAGCUGACCGCACUUGGAGAAGAUAUUACCAAAGUUAGCCCAGAGUCCCGCGUAGCCCAAUACGUCGGACAUUUGAACACGCGUUAUCAUUCAGUGCUUAAAUUUCUUGUUCAACAUUUAGACAGACUGAGAGAACUUAAACAAAUCAGAGCCCAAUAUACCGCUAAUGUAAAGGAGCUGGAAUCGUGGUUACUAAAUGCGGAACAGAAAUUGAAAAUUUUCGAUGAAAUCAGCGGUCCGAAGCCAAUGACUUUCUACCAAUCUCGAUUGAAAGAAUUAAAAGCAUUUGGGGAGGAACGCGAAACCGGUCAAGCAAUUUUGAAUCGAACAGCGGAAGCGGGCGAAACACUUUUCGCGAGGAUAACACCAGAUCACAGAGAAUUCAUUAGAAGUGAGCUGAGAAAUUUGCGUAGUCGCAUGGAAGCCUUGGUUGAUCAUACAAACGCGAUCUAUAAGAAAAUCGAGAGUGACAUGAUGCAUCGGUCCUCGUUCGAAGACAAGUAUUCCCAGGUAAAGCAGUGGUUAAUUGAGGCACGAAAGAAAUUGGGUGACAAGCAGGAUCUGCUACCGUCACUUCAAGAGAAAAAGCUUGCCUUGCACUUGUGUAAAACUAUCGCACAAGAUGUCGGAGUUCACCGAAACAUUCUGGAACAACUUCAGGACAAGCUUGGAGCAGUACCGGACGACGAAGCCAGCGAGAUGCUCAACAGUGUGAUCGAGGCGCACGAGAAACUAUCGGAAGAUGUGGAUAAUAGAAUCGGUAUAAUGGAAAAGCACGUUGCCAAUCACGAGGCUUACCUCCAGACGUUCGAGAAAAUGCGAGAUUGGAUCAACGCGGUGGUAAACGAGGCGGCGCCUGUCAGCGAGGAUCUCUCUAUAGAUCGAGAUGCGGCAAAGUCUAAAAUUGCUUUGAUCAAAAACGUGUUACAACAAAAGCCUGAAGGCGAUAGGAUUAUAGCCGAUUGUAACCAACAAUUAAACAUCAUUUUGGAGCAAACCGCGAUAGCUGGCCAUCCCGUGUUGCUGGGAGGUUUCGAGCAACAGAAGAAAGUUUGGGAGGAUUUCCUUCAACGAUGCAUCUCAAGCAGGGAUAAAUUGAAUCGUCUAUUUGACCAAUGGUCCGAGUUCGAAAGAGUAGUCGAACGUCUAGAUUCUUGGCUCAAGCAGAUCGAAAUGCAAGUGAAAGAUCAAAGCUUGAAGAGCACCGAGGAAACGAAACGCGUGCACUUACAGAAAUUGAAGUCCUUGGAAGAGACUAUUAUGGCAAAAGGCGUAGAGUUUAAUGCCGCUGUUGAGAAAAGUCAAGGUGUAGAAGCAGAAUCCGAUUUGGUUACCAAAAUAUCUCGUCAAGCUACCAAGUAUCAAGCGAUCAGGAAUCAGACGAAGGAAGCUGUGGCGAGAUACGAGCAAUACGUAAAGGAGCAUAAUUUGUUCAACGAAAAGUACAAUCAAUUCUUGAAUUGGAUCAAUGAGGUUCAGGACGAGUUGAAGAAACAUAGCGAGAUUGUUGGCGAUCUGGCAGUAUUGCAAAGCAGACAGAAGCACAUCAGGGAUCUUGGUGAUGUUCGGACUCGCGAAAACGCUCGUUUCGAAUCCGUCAUCGAUCUCGGCGAGAAACUCUACGUGCACACUUCGCCGGACGGUAGAGAGAUAAUCAGACAACAGUUGAGAAAUCUACGCGGUCUGUGGGAUGGAUUUUCCGAGGAUUUACAGAGCUCGAUGCAGAAGCUGGAUCAAUGUCUGAUGCAGUUCGCUGAAUUCUCCUUGUCCCAAGAACAAUUAACGGCUUGGCUGCGAGAUGUCGAACGCGCGAUGCAUCAGCACACAGAACUGAAAUCAUCGUUAGAGGAAAAACGCGCGCAACUGCAGAAUCACAAAAUUAUGCAUCAGGAAAUCAUGUCGCAUCAGACAUUAGUCGAAUCGGUUUGCGACAAGGCGCAACAGUUGGUCGAUCAAACCAAGGAUACUUCUUUGAAUGUCUAUCUGCAAUCCAUCAAGCAGCUCUUCCAAAAUAUCGUUGCUAAAUCGCGAGAUUUGUUAGAGAAUUUAGAGGACUGCUGCGAGAAGCAUCAUCGCUUCAAUCUGCAAUGCAAAUGCUUCUCCGAUUGGUUGAACGGAGAACGAGAAAAACUUGCAGAAUGUAAUGACAUAACGGGCGAACGAUCUGAAAUAUCUCGCAGAUUAACGAGCUUGUCAAUGUUAAAAGACGGUCAAGCACAGGGAGUGGAACAUCUCACGAGAUUAAAGGAAUUCAGUGAAGUUGUGGCUAAUAGCACUGCGCCAAAAGGUCGGGAAGUUAUUAAUAAGGAAGUCAUCACCUUGGAAAAUAAUUUGCGGCAAUUCCUGAGCGAAAUCGAAUCUGUACAGGAGCGACAGAAAACAGCUCUGGAGAGAUGGCAGAACUUUGAGGAUCAGCUGGAAGCUCACACGAAAUGGUUUCGUUCUAUGGAGGCGGCAUUCCGAGACCAACAGCUGCAGCCUACAUUGAAAGAUAAAGAAGCGCGACUACGCGCAUUUAAAGAUAAACGCGAGAUUAUCGUACGGCAGGAGCGGGAGAUAGACGAAUUCGUAGACAAGUCGCAUAAUUUACUGCAUACGAGUGGUAUCGAACGCAUCAAGCCACUAAUCUCCCAAGUCAGCAACAGAUAUCAACUGCUGCAUGUGCUCAGUAAAGAGGUGAUAAACCGUAGCCAAAGCAUCGUAGAUGAUCAUCGCGCUUACGAAGAGAAAUUGAAAGCCAUCGAUAUUUGGCUUACUCCACUCGAGAAAAACUUGGCCAUCUUGAAGAGAGACGAGAUUGGCGGAGAUCUUGAAACAAGAAACUCGCGUUUACAAGUUUUGCUAGCCGAAAAAGAACAGGCGGAACAUCGCUUAGCUAGCCUAACAUCUCUAGGCGAGAGGAUUCUUCCGGACACUUCGGCUCAGGGACGUGAAGUAAUUAGGCAUGAGUUGCGAAACGCUCGCGAGAGAUGGGACCGCUUAGCCGAAGGUAUCACCGAGCAACAGAAGAAGCAAGACGCUCAAUCUUUACAAUGGUCCAGCUAUCAAGAAACUCUACAACAAAUUCUGACUUGGUUGGACACGAUGGAGCGUGCAGUUAAACAAGAUUCUUCGAUCGUGUGGUCUUCCUUACAGGAAAUAAAAUCGAAACUACUCAAACUGAAGACAUUACAUCAAGAGAUUUUGGCUCAUAAACGUCUUGUCGAAGGCAUUUCCGAAAAAGCUAACGCUUUAGUCCAAGUUACCCAAGUUCCAUCGGAUGUUCAUGAAAAAGUCGUUUCAGUUUCGAAGAGAUAUGAGAAGCUCGUGGAUACAUCUCAGAAAGGAAUAUCCGGCUUGGAGGCAUUGCUUGAUAUUUUCCAGCAGUUCCAUGAUCUGCAGAAAGCUUAUCAAGAUUACCAGAAACGUCAAUGGGAACGCUUAGCGAAUUACAGUGACUACACAGGAAACAAGACUGCUCUUCAGGCGAGAUUAGCUAAAAUUAUAGAGAUACAGGAUAGUCAAAGCGAAGGUGAAAUGAAGCUGAAUGUCCUUGGAGAACAUGUGGCGCAAAGUGCGCGUACUUUACCACCUCGCUCGCAAGAAUCUAUGGAAAGAGAUUUAGCUAAUCUCAGAUUCGAAAAUAAAAAAUUUGCUACAGCCGUGAGCGAUGUGGUACGCUGCAUCGAAGAAAGAAUACAACAGUGGAGUGAAUAUGAGAAUUCGUUAGAACGUUUGCUCGCUUGGCUUACUGAUGCCGAAACAUCAUUAAAGAACUAUUGUCUGAAGAAUACCCUUGAGGAGAAGCAGGAGCAACUUGAAAAAUAUCAAGAACUACAGAAGGUCUCCGAUUCGCGAAACACGGAUGUGGCAGAACUGGUUGCACUUGGUGAUUACCUCGAACAAUCACUGAUUGUGAAUCUCCGGCAAAAUGAGGCUGAAUUCGAUAAAAUGAGCGAUGAUUCGUCAGAGUUGAUGCAGAUUAGUGGUGAGACUCGCUUUUCUGUUAGCGUUCAACAAGUCACGUCACGUUUCCAAUCAAUUCAGGCAACUGCUAAGGAACUGAUAAAGAAAUGCGAACAAGCGGUAGUGGAUCAUGCCAGCUAUUUAGAUCGUUAUAAACAGUGCUCCGAGUGGCUAGCAAACGUAAGAGUGCGCUAUCAGUCCUCGAAGGAGAACGCUAGCGGUACACGUCAGAAACUGAUUUCAAAUGUGGAAACUCUAAAGGAGCUCUUGGCUCGUCAGUCUUCAUCCACUCUCUUGAUUAACAGUACCGUCGAGGCUGGGGAACGAUUGUAUCCCACGACUGGCACGGAGGGCCGAGAGAUCAUUCGCCAACAAUUGCUGGACCUCCAGCAAGCCUUUGAAGAGCUUUACGAUGGUAUUGCUUUGACCGAACGCGAAUUGCAAGCGAAGAUCUCGCGGUGGUCCGGCUUUGACGAGUGCAGCGAGGCUUUCGAGAACUGGCUGAGGAAUACAGAGGCUCAGCUGAAGCCAGACAUCGAACUGAAAACUACACUGGAUGAGAAACGUGCUCAGUUGCGGAUCUAUCGUACCAUCUUACAUGAUGCUCAAGAUCAGCAAGAUCUCUUACUGGAUCUCCGAGAUAAGGCGGACAAUUUGCCUGACCGUACCGAUAAGAUCGAUCAAACACUGAAUAAUUUGACAAACAGAUACAAUGUGCUACUGAAACGCGCGACGAAGUUCGUAGAAAGAUACGAAGGUAUAGUUAGCGAUCACAAGCAAUACAGCAAAGCUGUCUUAGAUACGCAUGAAUGGCUGGAUGCCACACAUAACGCCGUGAGUCUCUGGGGCGACGUCGAGCUGGAGAGAGUGUCCCUGCACACGAAUUUGGAUCGCUUAACGAAUCUAUUGCACAGCCUGCCAGAAGAUGAGUCGCGAGUGCAGCAAAUCAGAUCUCUAGGUGAGAAAGUAAUACCCGGUACUCUGGAAUCAGGACAGGUAAAUAUCCGCUCGCAGAUUGAUACCUCGCAGCAAGAAUGGGAAGGCUUGAUCUCAGCCGUCAAAUCCACUAUCGAAGCGCUGGAGAACAAGCUUCAGCAAUGGAGCGAGUUUGAGACAUCGAAGGAGCGAUGUCUAGCGUGGAUGAGGGACACCGAUACAAAGUUACAUGCCGUCGAUCUCAAGCCAACGUUGGCGGAUAAGAAGACUCAGCUCGAGAAAUUACGCGCUCUUCAAGGUGAGGUUCGCGCCAAAGAAUUGGAGAUCGAUGCUGUUGCUGAGCGGGCUCAGCAACUCCAUAAGACUGUUACUUCCCGCACUUCUUACAUGUCGGAGUUGAGUAUCAAAUAUCAACAGAUUUCCAGUAAAGUCAAAGACCUUAAUAACCGUUGGCAUCAGUAUGUUGCCACGCAUCAAGAAUUCGACAAUCAACUGGCGGAAUGUACCACGUGGCUGGAAGACAUAAAAAAUAAACUGGCAUAUUGCUCUGAUUUAAGCGCAUCUUCGCAGAAAGAUUUGGAGCAGAAAAUGGACAUCGUGCAAGAUCUGCUGUUAUACAAAGAAGACGGUUUUGCGAGAGUACAGGGUAUCGUUGAACUAGCCCAGGCAGUUUUAGCGAAUACAGCUCCGGCUGGUCACCAAACGAUUAAUGAAGCUUUAGCGAAACUUCAGGAACAGUGGAGUGCCUUGGCAUCAAAGAUGCUGGAAACUAAGACGAAUUUAGAUGACUCGAUAAACAAAUGGGCCGGUUUGCUAGAGCAAAUACAAUCUAUUAACAAAACAGUUGAGUACAUGCAGACGUCGAUUGAUGAGAUUUCGCAGUUUCAAACAACGAUGUCAGAAAAAAGAAAUCAGCUGGAACGAAUCAAGGCGCUCGAGGAGAAGGUUCGUUGCGAGAACAUCGAGGUUGACAGUCUCAAGUGCAAGGUCGCUGAAAUGAUUGCGAGCGGUCAGCAAGGAUUAGCUGCCUCGCAGGCUCAAGACAUACUGAACAGAUUUGACGAGCUUUUCGAGAAGAUCAAAUCUUUGCUAGCCGAACGAGAGGAACAAUACAAAGAUCAUCGCCUUUACAAGGAAGCUCACGACGAUCUUAUUGGCUGGCUCAGCCGGGCUCGCGAGAAGAUACCAUCUAUGAAGCAGAGAUCGCUCAGCGAUAAGUUAGCGAUUGAGAGUGCGGUGGUACCACUCGAGAGUUUGUUGAAUAAAAAAGCUCAAGGGGAAUUGUUGGUGGAACAUUUACAGCAUACAGGAAAGGUCGUUUGCGCCAGCACCAGUCUCGUCGGACAAGAAGUUAUCAGGAACGAAAUACGAGCACUCACGGAAAGCUUUGAAGGAUUAUUCAAAGAGAUUCAGCAACAGAAGAAUCAAUUGGAAGCUACCGUGAGCCAAUGGCGUGACUAUAAGGAUGAAUACGAGAGACUCAGCGAUUGGCUGCAACAGUUUGAUAUUCUCAUCAAAGCACAAAAAAAUGCUCUUUUGCCGAAUUUGAAAGAGAAGGAGAAGCAAGUGCAGGAAGUAAAGAAAUUGCUCGAUAAUUUAAUAAGAGGUCAAGAGCAAAUUGAUAAAUUUAACAAAACGGCCGCCGGUUUGCUUUCGUCUCACUUGGACACUUACGUCAACAAUCAGCUGCGGCAUUUGAAUUCGCGUUAUCAGGUGCAAGUGAACCUCGCGAAAGACGUGUUGAACAAGGUCGAGACCAAUAUGGCUCAACAUAAGGAAUAUGAAAGCAACCUUAAGAAAGCUCGCGACUGGAUCGAAAACGCCAAGCAAAUUAUACGUCAAGGGACAGAAGCUGCUUCGAGUAGCAGUCGCGAAGAACUACAGAGUAGACUCGACAAGAUUCAGGAAUUGUUGAGAAAACGUGAGGAGGGCCAAAAUCUGAUACAUCUAACCGUGAAUUGCGGUGAGAAGGUCAUGAGAAACACACGAUCAGAUGGUCGUGAGGAGAUCAACGCUCAGUUGAAAGAAAUACAAAACGAUUGGGAGCGUCUGGUAAAGAAAAUCUCCACCACAAAGGUGCAUCUCGAGACGAGUCUGUUGCAGUGGGCGGAUUACAGUUCGUCGUACUCGCAGCUACAGCAGUGGAUAAACGAUCGCGAGGCGAAGCUGCAGCAGGUAUGCGAGCAGAAAGUCUCCAAGGCUCGAAAAGGUCUAGUUGGAUUGAGUUCUUUAGCGAUCGGAGAAAGAAAGGCGAACUUGCGACAAACUAACAGUAUUGUACAGGAUAUCGUGGCGUUCGAGCCCAUGAUUCAGUCGGUCACCACAAAGGCUGAAGAUCUGCAACAGGCGACGCCAGCUACGGAAAUCUCAAUUAAAUACGAGACUUUGAGCAAGCAAGCACAAGAAUUGUACGCGAAACAGAAAGAGACUGUUGAACAGCAUCAGGCUUUCAUUGAUAGCGGUAAUGAAUUCGUUCAAUGGAUACGAGCAGCUAAAGAGAGACUCAGCAAAUGCUCGGAGCCUACGGGAGAUAAGGAAUCUUUAGCUAGCAAAAUCACUCAGCUCAAAGUUUUGCAGAGCGAAUUGCCCGAGGGUCAGAAGAAGUUGGAGAGAGCUCUGGAACAAGGCAAUGCCGCUUGUCAGAUCGCGGAUGCUGAAGACAAAGAAAUAAUUGAGGAGGAAGUGGCGUUAUUGCAAGAAGAAUACGACAACUAUGUAGACUCGCUGAAUAACACGAAGAGUUUGCUCGAGGUCGGCAUAGUAAAGUGGACUGAAUACGAGGAUCAGUUCUCCGAAGCUACAGAAUGGCUUACGCAAACUGAACAGUUGGUUCAAACGUUUAACAAAUUGCAAGAUGGUCUGGAAGAAAAGAAAAACGUUCUCGAGCAAUUUCAGAUUCACUUGCAAACUUUGUUCGACUGGCAAAAGGAGUUAGAUCGUUUAAAUAUGAAAGCUCAGAUGUUGUUGGAAACGUGCGCUGACACGAGAAUUUCUAAUGCAAUAACGCAACUCACUACCAAGUACAACGCACUGCUAUCUCUGGCUAAAGAAAUAAUGCGGCGAUUGGAAUUGCAUUAUCAGGAACAUCAACAACAUAAUACCUUGUAUCAAGAGUGUCAAGAUUGGAUUGAGCGUACGCGAGAUAAGUUGAGCGAAUGUAAAGACAUUCCAAGUACAUUGACUGAGGUUAACAAUAAGUUACACACGUGUAAAGCUAUUCGGCAGACGUUGGAGCAAGGUCAGAACAAAUUGCGAUACGCCCUAGAAUUGAAAGAAAAAGUUAUUAUGAACACAGAACAGAACGGUGCGGCAAAGAUUCAAGAAGAUACUGAGAACUUGAAAAGCGAAUUUGAUAAGCUGUUGGUCGAUGUUGAAGAUGUGAGACAAAAAUUGUCAGUGAGAGCAAGCAUGUUGGAGGAGCUCAACAAGAUUCACCGACUUAUUUCGGAUUGGUUGGAAGAAGUGGAAGGCAAGGUUCAAUCAGGAGACGUUUGCCGAAAUGAUCUCAGCGAGAAACGUGCUUUGUUAGAAAAAUAUAAGAUUCUCCAAAGAGACAUUCACGGUCAUGGCGAAACGGUGGAUCGUUUGAAAGCUCGUCUCGCUGAAAACCCCAGCGUAUCGAAAAAUCCUUACGAAUCGACCAUCAACAAAUAUGACAGCCUGAAGAAGUUAAUUUCCGAAAAGAUUCAUAACUUGGAAGAUCAAGUUAAAGAUCACGAAAGAUUCCAACAAGCUCUAAAUGAGGCAGGUGACUGGGUACGUCGUACAAAAGGUGAACUUCAACAGUACAGUGAUACUCACGGUGAAAAGGAGCGGAUCAUCGAACGAGAGAAUAAAGUCAAUCAAAUCAUUUUAUCCUUGCCGAAAGGCGACACGUUGAUUUCAAAGGUGAUCGAACUGAGCGACGUUGUGAUCUCUAAGACCGGACCUGAGGGUCAAGACUCUAUUAAGCAAGACAUGAGACAAGUACAGGCUGAUUGGAAAUCUUUGCAAGCACAAUGUCAGGAAUCGCAACAAACUCUUGCCAAUUGUAUUUCAAGUUGGUCGCAGUUUACGAAUACGUUAGACGGCAUGAAGCGGUGGAUAGAUCACUUUCAAAAGAAAAUCGCAGACGAACAAGCUAAGGACAACAAAACUCCAGAGGAUUUAGAGCGUUGUAAACGUUUGGUGGAGGAAGCAGUGAAGCAAAAACCAGUCUUGGAAGACUUGAAUGACAAAUGUGAAGCUUUGUUGGAGAUUAGCGCUUGCAGUUGGGCGCGAGAUAAAACGGUACAGUUGCAAUCAGCGUACACAUCACUUUUGACAGAUGCACAAGGGCUUGUUUCAAGAGUCGAGAAAAACUUAGCCGAUCACACCGAAUUCUUGAAAGCUAAGAAAGAGAUGGAGGAUUGGUUACGCACAGCUCAGGGCUCAGUGGAAGAUUGUAUCGGUGUGGGAGACACAGCUUGGGCAAAAGAUAAAUUAGAAACCUUGAGGCUGGUCGCGACACGUAUGACGGAAGGUCAACAUCUACUGUCAACAUUGCAGAACGCCUUUGCAAAGGCAAUUAAUAUGGCUCUUCCAGAGCAACAGGAUCAGUUACGAUCGGAUAUGGCCAAUCUACGUUCGACUUGGGAACAAUUAAGUAUAGAUCUCAAUACAGUUCAAGCCAAAGUAAAAUCGGUUCUGAGUCGAUGGGAGGAUCACGCAGAAGCGCAUAAUAAAUUUGCAAGAUGGUUAGAAGAGAACGAGGGCGUUGUUAAAGGCUCCUCAGAUACAAAGGGCGAGUUCGGCGAAAUGAAGACAAUGCUCGAACGGUACAAACAUAUUCAAGAGGAGAUUCGCGAUAAAAAGUCCGACUUGGAUCAUUUGACGACGGAGGCAACGGAACUGUCAGCAUGGGCGAAAAGCAACGGAACGCUAAACGAAACGAAACGACUGUUAGAUCGAUGGAAGGCAUUGGCUGAACUCGUCAGCGAGAGAAAAAAGCUGAUGGAGAACGAGAUACAGGAAUACAACGCGUAUCACGCUGCUCUGCAAGAAACAGAAAAGUGGCUGUUGCAAAUUUCAUUCCAACUAAUGGCGCACAAUUCUCUCUAUAUCACUAACAAAGAACAAACGAUCGAGCAAAUCAAACAGCAUGAAACAUUGCUAGCUGAAAUCCAGAAGUAUCAAGAAGUACUAGACGAAUUAAAGUCGAAGGGUCAUGGCCAGAUAGAUCGAUAUGUCGGUGCGAAUCCUACUAUUAGAUCAACUAUAGAGACACAGUUGCAGAACGUUCAGGAUAGUUACAAUUCGCUAUUGAAUACCGCUCUGCAAAUCAAGAACAGAUUGGCAGAAUCUUUGGCCAAGUUCCAAGAAUACGAAAACACCCUAGAGAGCAUUAUGAAGAAUCUAGACAUGUACGAGACGGAAAUGAUUCAAGGAUUGGAGGCUCCAGUGGAUAACUUAACUUCUGCCGAGCAGGGCCUCGAGUGUGCUCGCACUCUGCACAACAAGCUGCAAGCUGAAAAAGCUCGAUUGGCAUUAGCAGUAGAAGCCUGCGAAGCUGCGGCGGCAUGCGUCUCUAGACCUGGCAGUCCUCUCGAUGCUCCACCCAUUCAAGUUCCUGUGAGAGAGGUCGAAGUCAGAACACGACUCGAUGAUCUUAUCGACCAGAUACAAACACAUUUGGCGAACGUAGUGAAAACAGUGGGUGAACUCGAGGAGCAACUGCGACAAAAGAACUCGCUCCGUGCUUGGAUUAAUCAGCAACGGGCCCUCUGCGCUGAAUGGAAGUCACGACCUGCGAAACUGCGAGCAGAAGCUGCCCAGGCCGAGUUGCAGGCGAUGAAUGAAUUACUCACCAACGUUGGCGAGCGUCGCACUCGUGCAUUGACAGAGCUGUCGCUUCAUGAAGACGACCAUGACAUUGAGGAAGGAUUGAACAAGCUGGAAGCCGAACUGACUGACGCAAUUGCUGGGAAACAAGCGGCACAGGAUCUUAUCCAGAAGUACAGAUCACAAGUACAGGAUACUCAAACGUGGCUGGAUGGCCUGUCGAAAAAAGUCGACAUGAUUGAGAAGGGUAGUGGACUGACUAUCGGUCAGAAAAUUUCAAAUCUUAAAGACAUCACGAGCGAGUUCGAGUCUCAGGGGACGGAGAAAUUGGCAGAAGUAAAAAAACUGGGCGACCAAGUAAUGGACUCGGUUAGCAAUCUGGACUCUCAGCAGAUAGAAGAGCAAAUCAAGUCAGUGGAGAGACGAUACGCGGACAUUGGUAAGAAGUUACAAAGGAAAGCCCAGGUCUUGGAGAUGACGGCACAGGGCAUCGAAGCAACCAGGCGAGAGAUUGAAGAGAAUCGUGAGUGGAUUGAGCAGAAGAAACAACAGAUAAAGAUGCCUGAGUUACUUGGCUUCGAAAGCAAACAAGCGGAAGAAAGGCUGCUCACUCUCAAGGCUAUGCUGAAAGAGGCGGAUGGAAAGCAAUUGAUUAUAGAUACGCUAGAAAAGAGAGUUGGUAAUAUGCAGAACGAACUAGAAACCAGCGAGCAGCAGCAAUUAGAAGCCGACACGAGGUCUUUGCGCGGCGAGCAGGUUGAGUUAUGUGCUACUUUGAGGGAAGAAAUAUCCGUUGCAAGUACGGCUGCUGAUGCACGUCGCAAAUUAGAGGCUGAUAUUGAAAAAGCACGAAAUUGGAUAAAGUCUAAAGGCAACGACUUGAAAAAACUCAGUGGAUAUUUGCCUCUGAAAGCUUCGAGGGUUGAGCAAGAUAUUGUGCAACACAGUGGAUUGGAAGCUGACAUCGAUUCCUUUAACGAAAGCAAUCUUAAAGAUAUUCUUAAACAAGGACACAACUUGUUGAAGGAUUGUAAUGCGGAUAGUCGCGUCAAACUCCAGGGUCUCUUAGACGAUCUAAGUAAGGAUUACGAAGAGUUGAAGAAGGAAGCAAGAGAAAAACAAGCCUCGUUGGCAGAUCUUCUUCAGGGGCGCAAGGCUUUUGAAAAUGAAUUGGAUAAGUGUCAACGGUGGAUUAAGGAAGCUGAAGUAGCAACCUCUUCCGAGUUGCGACCUUCCAGUCUUGAUAUUCUUCGAGAACAACUUGCUAAGUACGAUCGAUUGAAGAAAGAAGCGCAAGAGUAUGGUGAUGACAUAGAGAAGAUAAACCAACAAGGGAAAUCAAUUUUACCAACUGUGAGUGACGCUGAUAAGCAGGAGUUAAGCGAAAAAUUGAAAAAUAUGAAAGAAGCUCACGGACGAGUAGCCGGUGUCAUAAAUGAGAGAGCACUCGCGCUCCAGAAGAGUAUAGACGAAGCUGAAGAAGCUGCCGCGCGAGUGGCGGAGGCAAUUCAGUUCAUGACAGACAUUCAGAAAGAGCUUCACGAUCUCAACAAGCCGAUCGGUGCUCGCGUGGAAGACGUGGAAGGAAUGUUGGCUGCUUACGAAAAAAUUUUGGAUGACCUUAAAGCAAAGAAAGCUAAAUUAUCCGAUCUUCAAUCCGCUAAUGUGGGAGAUCUGCAUGGUGUAUUAGCCCAACAGGACGACCUAAUAAGAGCUCUCGAAGCGCAAAUAGCGAAGCUUCGUCAGCUGCUGCUAUUACGACAACAAUUUAUCGCCUUAAUCGCAGAGAUUACUACUUUCAUUGCAAAGUACACUGAAAUUGUUCGGGAUAUCGAGAAAUCUGGACAAACAACGGAAGACAAAAUUAAAAGGUACGACGACGCUAUAUUAAAAAUUCAGGAAUGUGAAGCUACUCUCGCUAGUGCGACGGACAAAGGACAGCAAAUAGCGGCCGAAGGUUCGGUCGUGGAUAGAAACAACGUGACGGAGCAGUUGCAAUCAUUAAAGCAACAAUUACAGGCCCUUCGAAGAGCAGUGGAGACGCAAAGAGAGCAGCACGAACUGGCAGCAGCUGAGCACAGAAGACUCGCUGACGAAUUGGCGGACAUUCUUGAUUGGCUUGAGAGCAAGGAGAAGGAAGUUAAAUCCAGACCGUUACUCGAGAGGGAUCCGACGAGCGUCGAGGCUGAAUUGAAAAAACAUCAUGCUCUUUGUGCCGACGUAAACGAAUAUCUAGAUAGAAUCAGAAAUCUGAAAGAAUCACUGCGACAUGAAGAAGGAAUGCCUGGAUCUUUAAAAGAGAUGCUAAGCGAGGCAGUCUCCUUGUUGACAUCUUUACCGCGAGAGAUGGAAGAACGUGGAAAUUAUUUCGAGAGUAAUAUGCAAAUGAGACUGGAUUAUGCAGCUCUCACAGACAAGCUUCACAGUUGGGCUCGUGAAGCUGAGAUUCGACUCGAAAGCAACAAAGAGGGCCUAGAUUUUGAAAAUAUUCUUAGCGAUUUGGAGGAGCACAAGAUAUAUUUCAGCACUGAAUCUUCGAUACGCGAACUCGUGUCACAGCAGAUUCAACAGGUGGCAGAUAAAAUCUGGCCGUCUUUAGAUAGUUACGAGCAGGAGGAGCUAAGCGGCCAACAACAGCAACAUACUCAGUUGUUAAAGAACACCCUCAAUACGGCUAAGUCGCAACGUUCACGUCUGGAACAGGGUGCAGAGAUGUGGAGAGAAUAUACACAGAGCCUGGAACGUGUUCGCGCCGUCAUCAGCAGAACUAAAUUUACGGAUGAACCGGUCACUACGUUAGCUGGAUUACAAUUCAAUAUUCAGAAAAUCACACAUGCUCUCAACGACAUCCAGAAUCAACAAUUUGAGUUGGAUCUUCUAAACGAACGUGGACGAGAGGUCCUCCGACUUGCAGAUGCUAAUAACAAGAAAACGAUAGAAUCGCAGCUUUCUGAGAUCAAUUCGGAAUGGCGCGAAUUAGUUUCGGGACUCGAAGGACGUAGGGAUACCCUCGAGGCAUUAACGCGACACUGGGAAGACUUAGAAGCGCAAUGGACUCUUAUUGAAACGCGAGUGACUGCGACUGAAGAGAAAAACAAGCUCAUCGACACAGUGGUGCGGUCGAAACAACAUUUGCAGGAUACCGCCAAAGCAUUAGAAGAACUCGUAACAGAAGCUGAAAAGCUUAAACCCGUAACGGAAGAAGUAAAGAGCUUGGCAGGACCUGUGCUCGCGUAUCUCUCAGCGUUUACAGAAGCACCGGCUCGAAGUCUCGAGGAACGCCUCGAAAAAUUACAGAAAUCCGUCGAAUCACUCGUCGGCUCGCUUCGUGGGAAGUCCGAGAAGGCGAGCGAGGAUCUGGAGGCGUUCGAGAACAUCGAACGUGAGAUCGAGCGCCUGCGAAAACGACUAAACGAGGCACGCGAAAGCGCGUCGAACUUAUACAUUUACGGCGUUGACCAAGACGCUACUGAGAUCGAACUGGGCGAGCUACGCUCGCAGGUUGAGGAUCUCGUCGAUACCGCGAAGAAGUUCUCAGGAAACAUUAAGGCGCGGUACCAAGCUAGCCAGCAGCUAGUACCAAGUGACAUUACCCAGCAUCUGACCGCUCUCGAGCUUUGUGCCGAGGCAACGGCACAAACGAUGGAGGAGAAACAGAGGGAGCAAAAACGUGCCAGGACCGUCAGGUCGGACUAUCUAGCCGACGUGGACGAAGUGCAGGCAUGGAUCCGCCAAGCCGAGCUCAAGGUGCAGGACAGAUCGAUCGAGCCGGCCAUUCUCAGGGAGCACCUUAGACAAAUACAGAACGAGCUGGGCACGAUUGGCGACAAGCUCGAACGACUGACGAAGAACGGGCAAACCAUCGUUAAAAACACGAGGGACGACGCCGAGAAGGAGCUAAUCACUAGCACGAUCAACAAUCUUACUGAACAGCUGGCGCAGGUCAGGAGCUGGCUGGAGGAAAAGAAACAAAUCGUGGGCGACACUCUAGAUGCCUGGCAGAGGUUCCUCGCGCUUUACGAGGCCGUCAAGGCAUGGACGGAGGAAAAAAGACAAUUCCUGAUCGAACCACUGAAGCUCAGCACUCUUGUGCAAGCCAGGCAGAGACUGCACGAAUAUUCGACAGCAGUUAAGAGCUGCAAGCAGGUGAAUAAGAAUCUCAGUGAUAUGGGCAGAGAAUUGGAGAAUAUCGGUCAGGUAACUAGCGUAGGGGAUUUACCGGAAAAACUGACCGAGGCAGAAGAGGGCAAGGUUCAAGUCGAGGGUCAGCUGUUGGAAAGGAAUGCAUUGCUGCAAGAAGCCAGCGAAGAGUGGGAGCAAUGCGAGAGGAAGAUGAAGGACGUGCGGAGCUGGAUGGAGAAAGCCAGGCAGACGUUGGAGUUGCCACAGAAUAAGAAGAAACCGCUGCGUGAUCAACAUGCUAUUCGCGAAAAAAUGCUUAGCGACAUCGCGAUUCAAAAAACAAAGAUCACCAUUUCGGUGGAGAAGCUCGAGGUGCAUUUUAGGUCCGGUAUUGUCGGUGACAAUCGGGUGAAAGACACCGCCGACGAUCUCAUCAACGAGCUCAACUCUCUUCACAGCACCGUCAAAGAACAGACAACUUCUCUAGAGGCUUGCUUAGCGCAGAUAGAUCAGUAUCAACAGGAAAUUCAACAGUUGAGACAACACAUUGUGCAGGUGGAGCAACAGCUGAGGACGGUACUCAGUCCUACGUAUAUGCCGAAUGACCGAGAAAAGGCUCUUCAAGAGCAACAGCAGAGCCUGCAACAACGGGUGGAGGAUUGGAAGCAACGCAGCAAGACACUGGUGGAUCAGAUACACGCGGUGGAUCCACACUACGUACCCACCAACGACUACCGGUUUAUAGGCCAAGCCUCGUACGCCGAUAUCGCAGCAGGACGUACCAAUAGUCCGAGCUCGAGAAACUGUAGCCCGUAUAGACAUCAGCGAGAAGCCACUCCUCCUACCAUGACCGCGCAAGUAUUACGACCUGUGGUUAUGCGAGCUCAAAAGUUGAUUGUGGAAUAUCCUUCUUCAUUAGACGAGGCACAGGCCUCGAGAACGGAAACUCAAGAAAGCGACGCAAGCUUAAACAAAUUGCAACUGCAAACUGAGACACGCGUGCAAACGGACAAUCGAGGCACGAACGUCGCGGAAGAAUGUCAGCAAGAUUUACCCCAAGUUAUCGUCGAAUCGUCUGCGCCACGUCGAGGACGAUCGCCUACGCGGAAGACAAAUUCAUCUAGAGUAAAAGAUCCCAAAACGGCUGAACAGAAGGAAGACAUCGACAGACGUAAUAAUUCUCGUCCCGACGCAAAUCCCAAGCAAGAGACGCAAGCAGAGCCCGCGAAGAAUACUCUAGCGCCGCGAGAAGAACGAAGAGGGCGUUCACCUAGUCCUAUGUGGGUUCCCGGCUCUACCUCUUAUGCCGACAUACUUCGCGGAUGUAUGCAAACGACGCAGGUUAACGCCGCUCCUGCACAACCGUCCAGGCAAAAGAUGGUUUCUUUGUCCGGAGAAUCUCGACGUGGUCGGACCGAAGCUCCUCGCACGGAACAAGUCACCGUAGACAUUGUCGCAAACGUCGACAAUUCUCAACAAGCCACCGAGGUCCAACAAGUUGUGCCGGCGCAAGAGAUACAGAUGGAAAGUGUACGAAUCGCGGAGACUUAUUGUCAAUCCGCCGAAAGUUCCACGGAGAAGUCAGAGGAUCAAAGCUACGCCGAGUCUGAGCCGACUGAUUGGGCCGACGAGGCCUUGCAGGAUUACAAUGUACUGCAACACGUGAAACCUUACGAAAAUGUGCCGAGACAGCCUCAACCGACGGAGAUCUACGACUAUAUGAUACCGGAGACGAUGCCGGAACUGGUAGGCUUCAUUGGAUCUCAUCUCGGAACGUAUCCAGUAAGUUCGUACGUUUACGCGCCGUCCGGUCAUCAUCAGCAAGUGCAGCUCGAUGCAAUAAAUUUGAAUCCUUAUAACGAUGGUUCCUUAGCUUACGUGCCGGAACAUUAUGUCGCGCAAACCACGUAUCUUUCGGCAUCGGAUAUUUAUCAGCAGACUCCGAUGCAGCAGCCUGUUAAUGAUAUGAGACACGCAACUACGAUUUUGGCGGAAAAGCCUGUCGACAAGAUACCAGUGGUUAAACAAUCGGAGGUUCCUAAAGACACCAUUGUAACUGAACGUAUCGAUAAGCCUGAACAGCAGAAAUCUGUAAAUGUCUCGAAUGUAGAAACUUCCCCAACGAAUAAAACAGAAGGAAAGAAUAUAUCAGUGAAUACUAUGGAAAUCAAAGGGCAAACCUUCUCGUACGCGCAAAUACUUUCGCAUGGACUCAGUCCGCGUGUUACUUCGACACGAACCGUGAGUGAAGUAUCAACCGCGGAUUAUUACAGUAAAGAGCGUUCUGAUUCGCCAAAAGGGUCAGUCGAGUUGUCAUCUCGUGAAUUAUCGCCGUCGCAGGAAUCGAAAUUUGACCAAGACCUGCAAUCAUUCACGGUAACAUCCGAACAAUCUAGACAAUCUAAAGAGAACGACUGGGAUACGAUGAAGAAACGGGAGGUUAAAAAGAGGCAACAGCAAUCGAGCGAUAAAAUCAAACAAGCGGAUGAGAGGAAAUCUCGAAAGCUUAUCGAUAAACCGAAGGAGAAACAAAGAAAAGAAAAAUUAAGUCCGCUGAAGCAGCUGGAAACGCAAGAUGAAAUUGUUCCUGAUGAAAUCGUUCCUGAUGAAGUCGUCGAUAGUCCAACGCAAAAAGAGGAAAAACCGGUGCAGCAAGAAGAGCCAGCAGUGGAUUUAGUAGAUACAAAUCCAUCACAAGAAAAGAAACGUAGACAGAAGAAAAAGAAGGUAGAUAAAUCAGUAGGAGAUGAAAUUGAUAAAGCGCUUAAAGAAAUCGAGGACAUGGAUAAACAGAAAACAAGAUCUCAAAAAGACAAACCUAAAGAGCAAAAUAAAGAACAAAACAAAUCGCGAGAUUCUAUUAAUGAAAUGGAAAAAUAUAAAGAUGAAGCUGACAAGAAGCAAAGCAAAUCCGGUGAGAAAUCUAGGAAAUCAGGAAAAUCUAAAGAAGUAACAAGGGUAAAAGAAACUAUAUCUAUGGAACAUGCCACAUUGCCAAGUCAACUCAAAACAAGCGAUCAAAGUAUGUUAAAAGAUAACGCAGAAGAUAAAGAAAAUACGAAAGACGCAAAAGUUUCAGAGUCUAAAAAUGAACAAGUCCAAAACGAUAUUUCUAAGGAAACGUUGAAAAAUCAAUUUCAAAUCGACAAUAGUAUCAACAUUGAUUCUGACCAACCCGACACUAUAAUUAAAUGUAAAAGCAAAAGUGACAAAAAUACAAAGGCCAAGGAACGUAGCAGAGAAACUUCAGAGAAUAAAGUCCAGGAUCAAUCGGAUGUUUUAAGUAGUAAUAAGAAAGGGGAUAAAAUAAAGAUUUUUGACGAAAACACUGUAACAGAGGUUGUAACAUUACCAAUCGUUCAAAAGAUUGAAUUAGAAAAUACAAGUGAGAAGACAAAUACAAAGAUUGAAGAUACAAGAAAACAUAAAGAUGUUUCAAAAAAGGAAAAGAACAAGGCAAGAUCAAAAGAGUUGAAGAUGGAAGCGGAAGGGAGUAACAUAAAUCGACAAAAGCUCGAAAUCGAUAUUAAAGAAAUGUUCGAAGAUAAAUCUCUAGAAUCAACCAAACUGACUGAGAUUAAAAGUUUGGAUUCAAAUGCGUUUGAUGGCACAAAAACCACUAGUGAUGUAGACGAAAACAUAAAAAGUAAAACCAAUUCUCGAAAGAAAGACAAAGCUUCUAAAAGUAAAAUAAAAUCUGAAGUCGCAAUCGAUACAUCUUCGACAGUUCCGACAAGCAAAGUUUUGGAUGAGAUUAAAAUAAAACCAAGUGACACAGAAAAAUACGACGUUCCAAAAUUAGAACAAAUAAUCGAUGAGACUAAAAUUGCAGAAGCAGCAGUAGCAGUUGAAUUGACAGAAAGCAAAGAAGUGGAGCACCAAAGAAAUACUAAAUUAGAAGCGGAAGGCUUUGCGAGAGAAAAUUUAAAGAUUAUGGACACAAUGAAUGAGAAAGAAGCAAUUAAUAACACAAAGACGAUUGGGAAAACUGAAAAACUAGAAGUGGAGAAAUGUCAGACGAAAACAACGAAACAAAAGAAAUCUGAAAAGGCAAAUUCUAAAGUUCAAAAUAAAAGAAAAGAGGAUAAUACUGACAUAUCGCAGCCUGUUGAAAGUAAGUCUGUUGGAAAGAAAGAUGAGCCUGACACCGAAUCUUUAAUUAUACCUAUGAUAGAAACAGCCGUUCAAGAGCAAUCCACGGAAAAAACGAAUUUGGCUGAGCAACAUGUACCAGUGCCCAAAAGCAGCUGUCUUGUUCAGUCAAAAACGGACGCCGAAAAUAACCACGGCGUUAAAGUAGACGAGGGAGAAGAUACAGCACUCGGUCACGUUAAUAAAUGUGUGCCAGAAACUAUUCCUAAAAGUAAAAAAAAGGGCAAAUCAAAAGACAAGACUGCCACUCAAUCUACUGCAUCGAUUCAUGAUACAAAACCUAUAGACAACUCUAAAUUAAAAAAUGUAGUUGAGCCCGCAGCAUCUUCGGUCGAAAAAUCUAUAACAAUGCCAGAAGCGGUUGAAAUUACUUCUAGUACAGAAGUACUUUCUAAUGAAUCUGAAGUUGAAAAAUCGAAAGAUGUGCUACACAAAGAAAAGACAUCGAAACGCACGAAGAAAAAAGGCUUAUCCCCUAAGCACACCGUUGAGCAAACAAAACAGUCUCCUUCUUUUUAUGAUAAGUUCCAAGAAGAAAUCAUUUUCAAGGAUGAUUCAACGAAGGGGGAAGAAAGUUUCAAAGUUACUAGUCCUAAUGAAGAAAAGUUUAACAAAAAUCUACCUUCUCUUGCGAAAAUUGAUAAAGCUGAAAUUGAAAAGACUCAAGAGUCACAGAAAAAGAAUGAAGUUGAAACCGAAUUUAAUUCUAAAAUUUUGAGCGAUUCGGUCGACAAAGCUCACCUACAAGACAAGCGCACAGAUGAGAUACAUAAUAAUAAUUUAGAAUUGGGACAACCGUCUUCGACAGGAAAGGCUUUGAUUAUAGAGAAAAUGGUUACUACGGUAACGACCACCACCAGCGCACCAGGAUCGGUAAAGGUCAAGCCACCCGAUGUCAAGUCCGUUAAGUCGAUAGAAAUCAUAGAAAACAUACCCCUUCCCAAAAUAGUAGGUUCCAAAGUUACCGAAUUGAUCACUUUGCGUCCUGAAACCGUAGAGGCUAGUCUUACCACUACUUACGCUAGGGUACCGAACGAUUCUCUCGUUAGUAAUUAUUCGGAUCAAUUGCAAUCGGAUCAGACAGCGAUUUCUCAAAGAGUAGAUUUAACUUCGGCAAACUCCACCGAGAAUAUCGUGACAGCCGACGAAUUGGCCUUGUUUGGUAGCGUGCGAGAUAGGAAAAAGAUUUGUCCGGGCAUUUCAGAGAAUCGCGAUAUGUCAAAGAAAUCCCCGCCGAUGACUACUGCACCUGAGGAAGCGAAAGGAGAAUUUUCUGCUCAAUUAGAUGAUAACACGGAAGGAUUAGGAGAUCGAUUAAAGGUAGAAGUUCCUGAAGAAAGCCACGAGAUUAAUAUCAAACAAGAAAACACUAUUACGACAACGACACCAGGAAUCACCGUUGAUAUUAUUUCGCAAAAUGACAAUAUUAUAGAAAGUCAAAAUAUUGAUAAUUCUGUUAAAGCUGAUAAUGUUGUAUUAAGUGAUAAAACUAGUCAAGCUGAUUUGAAUGCACGAAUUCAGGAAAGAGAUAAAUGCACGGAUGGAAAUGGAGUUAAUGUUGAGACAAUAGCCAAGGAUGUUAAAGAAGCAGCAGAUGAAGAAAUAGAGCCUGAGAUAAAAUGUGAAAGCGAAUCCACAAUCAGUAAAAUAAAGGGCAAAGAAAUAUCCGAAGGUAUAAAAACGAAAAAGCAAACGGUGCCUGAAUAUUUAUUAGAGCUUGUUAAACCUUAUGCCAUGGAUCGCCAUGCUUACAAUCAUGCGGAAAGUGAUUUUUACCGUUAUUUCAAAGUCGUCAAAAUAGUAAAAGAACCACAACCACCUGCUGUCAUAGUUCAGCCAAGGCCAGAGAGCGUAGAGAGAAUUGUACAAGAAUCAGUGAUGAAACCUGUUCAAACAGCUAACCAAGAAAUGCAUGAAGUCGAUUACAGAAGACGUGCUCUUCUUAUAGAGGCGCCAAAGUAUCCGAUUACCAGUUUUCAUGAAUUUGAAACACAAUGGAUUAAAACGAAAUCCAUUCCUGACGAUUCUGAAACAUCUUUAAAAACUGCAAUAGAGAAAGGCAAAGAAAUUGUUGAACAAAAGGAGGCAGUAAAUGCGGUAAAUCUUACAGAAGAUGCAACUACGAUUAACGUAGAGAAAUUGCAAACAACCGAAACAAAUAAUACUGAAGAUAAAGAUAAGAAACCAAAAGAUUUACAGCAAACUGUACAUUUAGUUUCUGACGAUUCCUGGAUGAGUAUUUUGGACGAGCCAAUGAUGAUUGAGGACGAUUUUGAUGAUACAUUUAAUUCAGACGAAAAUUCAAUUAAUACAAUAGUAAAUAGAGAACUGAUAGAUGUCGAAAGUCAAGAUCGAAGAAAUGAAGUACAAAUGAAAGAAAAACCAUUAUCUGAAGCCAUUUCUAACGCUUCAUUUGAUGUAAUAGAUUCAAUUAGUACUGCAAGCGAUUCAAUAUCACAGGCAAUUACAGAAUUAAAUGUCUCUGUUAAACCAUCUACGGAAAAAAUCAGUGAUAAUCAGUUGACAGAUGCCGGAACAAUAACAGAUACAAAAAUACAAACAAACGAAACUGUUACGAAAAAUAAUGUUGAAACCGAGCAAGAAAUAUCCGAAAUUAAAACAACGCCAGCAAAAAUAUCAUCUGUACAUUUAGAAUCCGAUGAUGCUUGGAUGGCUCUUCUUGAAGAAGAAAUAAUAAUUGAUGAUGAUUUUGACGAGCUGGAAAUAGAGGCAAUAAAAGAUGAUCAAAUUGAAAAAAGAGAAAGAGAAAUUGAAAAGAAAAAAUCAAUUAUUGAGAAACAAAAAGACAAGAUUGAGCAAAAAGAACCAAUUAUUGAAGAACAAGAAGCGAGAGUUAAAAAAGAAGCAAUAAUUGUAAAACCAGAGGAAGAAAUUAAAGGGGAAAAAAUAAUUGAGAAACCUGAAGGAGAAAUUGAGAUGAAAGAAUCAAAAACUGAAGUUCUGACCAAUACAUCUGUAACGGAAAUUGCUGUAAAGGAUGAAUAUCACACCAGCAUAAAAGAUAUUCAAAAUGAAGUAUCAUAUACGGACGAAAAGCAAGGCGACAAAACGAAAAGUCAAAUAAAGAAAAAGAAAGAAUCAAAACAUGUUAAAGUCACAAAAACUAAAGAUCAAGCAAAAAUUAAAACUGCAAAGAAGUCAAAUGACACAGAAAUUAAAACAGAUACUAUUGAAGACGAUUUAUCAUUGUUAAAAAAUAAUUUAGAAGAACAUAAAAUGUUGAAAAACGAAACUGAUUCAACAAUAAAAGAAGCAGAAAAAUCGUUGAUAGUCGACGAACAAACUGAAUUAUGUAGAGAUAAUUUAAAAUUGAAACUUCUUUCAGACGAAUCUGUAUCAAAACCAAACUCACAAGAUACAAUUGACGAAGAGCACGAAAAGCCGAAACAUGAAGAACGUAAGCUGAAAUCUGAUAAGAAAUCCAAAAAACAAAACCAGAAAUCUAAGAUUAUCGUUAAAGAGAAAUCAGCAACGGAGAAAUGUGAGAGUAACAUAACAGAUGAGAAAGAUGACAAUAUUGUCUAUUCUAAAGUGACAGAAAUUGAUCCAGAUAUGCCUAAAUAUGACACUCGCUUAAAUCCAAAUGCCAAAUCAUGGGCAGCCAUCGUUGGUGCAAAAGGUAUAACCGAAACAACUAUUACUUCGAAAGACAAUUCUUUGAAUAAUCAGACAUCCGCUGUCCGUCAAGAUACAAACGAUAAUGCUACGAAUAUUGUGAAACAACUACAAGCGUCGAUUGUGCACGAUUCCUGCGAAAUUUCACCAAAAGAAGAAACGCUCGCGAUGCAUUCGCCUUCAUUAGAAAAUCAGCUAAACAAAAUUGUCAACGAAGAGUUAAAGACAACAACAGAUGAAAUUGUCAAACCAAUCGUGGAAAUGUCCACUGUACCGUCGAAACAGAUUAAAGAAGGCAACAAAUCUUACGCGCAAGUUACAGCCUCUUCCCGAAGAACUCCCCAGACUUCUCAAGAAGAAAUGUACUCAGUCAAACCUAUUCCAUCAAAGACUGAUGAUUUAGCAAUCAAAGUAUCGGAUGAGGUACGCGAAAAUUUUAGUACAGAAAAAUUACCAAGUCCAGUAGAACAGGAUAAUAAACAAGUAAAUGAAACGAUAGUACAACAAUCUUCUGAUCACCAAACAGUUACUGUAAGCCUCAGUUCCCAAGAAGAAUCUAUUCCUUGGGUAGAAGAAGUGGAAAAAGAAACAUUGUCAGUUUCAACUAGUUCUGUCGAUCCUAUCAAUGUGACAGAUAAUGAAACAUGUGCAAAAUUGGAAAAUACAUGGGCUGCAAUAGUUGGGAAAAAAUCCGUAGAAUCGUUGGAAAUUAAUGAUAUUUCUAAUUUUGAGCAAAAUCUUCCUAAAUCAGAACAGGUUAUGGAACAAUGGUCUCCAACGCAGGUACAGAUUUAUGUGGAGGAAGCUCCUAAACAAGAACCUAUAGAGAAUUUAGUUCAAGUGGAUGAACAAGGUUUUAUAGAAUUUGUUAAUCGGAAGGAGUUACGCUCUAGACGUUCUAGAUCGCGUUCUCGAAGUGCUAAACGAGAUAACAGACGUGCAAUGGUAGAAACCUCAAAUUCAAUUAGGAAUAAAGAAAUUGAAACACAGGAUAUAACAUCAGAAAAUAGCGAAAGUAUUAAAGUCAAGGAGGAGAUUGAAAAUAAAACUAAGCAACCUGUACAGAAAGAUGAACAAAAAACAGUUGGCAAAAGCGAUGAAUUGGCGAAGAUUAUUCAAGAAGAAAAUCCCAAAUUAUCUAAAAAGACACAUGUAUCUGACAGUAAAGGUAAAGACAAACAGAAAAAUGACUCGAGUGAACGAAACAAUGAAAAUAACAUGCAAUUUGUUGAAAAUGAAAUUCAUAAUGCUGAGAAUAAAAUUAUUCAAGAAAUAAAAACCGAACCAGACGUAACAUUUAAAGGUAAAAAGAAUAAAUCGAAAAAGAACAAAGACGCGAAACAGCAGGCUGAAGUUAAUAAACAAAAGGAGUUAAAACACAUCGAAAAACCGAAAGAAGAUAAAACAUCUGCAAAUGAGAAUGAAACAGAUCAUAAGGUCCAAUUAGAAAAUAUCAAGGAUGAAUCAAGAAAGGAAACACAAUUAGUUAAAGAUACAACACAAGCGCAAGAGAAUAAAUGCAAGAAUGUGGAAGCACUACCCAUAGAUCGGGACAAUGUUACGAAGUCUAAGAAGAAGAAAAAUAAAAAGGAAAAAUUCGUCAUUGAGCAACGAAUUGAAAAUACUUCUGAUACUGACAAAAAGACAGUCGCAGCUGGAGAUUUGGAAGAGAAAAUAGAAUCAUCAAUAGAGUCAAAAUUAGAUGACGAAGUAAAAAUAAAACCCGAAGAAGUAAUUACUACUGCAGAUAUAUGUAAUAUACCUACAUAUCCGGAGACUAAAGAAAUUCCAACAGAGAUAAUUAACAAACAAGAAAAUAUUAAGCAGGCUAUAACUGUUGAAACUACAGAACAAAAAGGUAUUGAACAGAAAAUGGUAGUUGACGAAUCAGAAAAUACAGAGACAUGUAAAGAAUCCUCUUUAGAAAACGUAGAAAAAAAUGUAGUGGAAGAAGAAGAAAUACCUAAACUGGCCAAAGCGGAAAAACGAAAACAGAAGAAAAAGGGAAAAAUUACCCAAAGCAAAUCUACCAACUUACCUGAUAAUACAAAUAUCGUUGAAAAUAUCAAAACUAAAGAAACGGUUAAAAUAAUAGCAGAAACCAUAAAUACUGUGUCAUCGAAAGAUAAAAUAGGUGAUGAACCGAUAAUACAGUCUGUACAAAAAGGGGAGACUGAAAAGUCUUUGGAGACAUCCGAAGCUGUAAUCGAAAAUGAAACCUCUCUUCCACAAAUAACUCCGAUAAAAGACCAACAAAAGGCCAAAAGCAAAUCUAAGUCGAAAAAAGAAAAACGACAAGAUGAAAAAACUAAAUCUCAAAAUUUUACAAUACUUACAGCUGACUCUAAGGAAAACGAAACUCUAUCUAUUGCAGAAAACACUGAGAUUAUGAAUUUAUCUAAAGACGUGACAGUAUGCGAUAUUACGCAUACUAAGAAAGAAAAUGUCAAAGAUCAGGUAUUAGAUGAUGAAAUUACCUCUCCAAUGGACAUAAUUGAUAAGAAUGAUUUCUCUGUUAACACGGAAGCAAUCAAGCAAGUAAAUAUUAAAGAAUCAAAAAUACUUGUGUCUCCCACAGAGAAAGAAGUAGAUGAAGAAUCUAUUAACAUUAAAGAUUUGCUGCCAUCCGAAAAGAAUAAACAAACACAGAAUUCUUCGGAGAAACAAGAUACCAAGGCUGAAGAUAAAAAAGAUUCUCAACAACAGAAAGAUUCAAUAAAAUGUCCGAAAGAAGAUGCUAUUAGUAUUAUAGAUAAAACUAUAUCACUUGCAAAUAAAAUAAUUCCUGUAACUAGCAAAGAAACGGACUUCGGAGCAGAACCUAGCGUUGACUUUCUAGAGAAAGAAGAUAACAAUUUUGUUUUAAUUGAAUAUGUGAAAAAGCUUGAAAUAUCUAAUAAUGAAAAAGAAGUUAAAAAUAAAUAUGAAAUAAAUGGAAAAGAGGUAGAAAUGAAUGGCGCUACAAAACCAGCAGAAAAGCAGAUAGAAAUAAAUGAACAGAUUAUUGAUGCAAGAGAAAACGUCCCCGAAGAAUCGUCCACUGAUAAUAUCACUUUGACAGAAAAAAUUGAGUCUCAAGCGGAAGAAUCGUACUCAAAACCUGACGAUACUUUGAAAUUGCACGAUGAAAACGGAAUGGACAUGUCGGCUCCAAUUAAUCACGUCUCCAGACAAAUAGAGUCACCGCUGUGUGAUGACUCAAUAAGCGCAGUUAUAAAACAUUCUCCACCGUCAGAUAAAUUAUCUUCAACUGUGCAACAAUCCUUUGAAGAUGAGGACAAAUUGAAGCGCACUACAAGCAUCGAACAAGAGAGCUCUGAUCUUUUAAUCGAGCACCCGACAUCCAAGGUACAGUUCUACAUAGCGGACGAGAUUUUAGUUCUGAAUCCUGAUCGACGGAAAUAUGUUCCAUCGACGUCUUUUCCGCAGGAACAACCUGCUGCCAACUUAUGUAGCCCGUGGUUCCUAUCUCUCGACGGUAGUUUUUGGCCCGAUAAACGACCCUAUCACGAAGCCGAACGUAAUCAUUUCGAGAGCUUAGCUUUGCAUACGAAAAAGAGUGUCUCACGCGAUAGUAAACGUGAUUUCGAUGAUCGCCAUCAUCCUCGAGAUCGCGACGACGACAAUUCGGGUGGCGGUGGCGGCAGUGGUAGAUCACAAGAUUCUUGUGGAGACUCGCGUUCUCUUUUGGGCGCACCCCAGACAGAGCGUAUGAUAGCCGAUCUACCCGGUGGCAUGUGCAGCUGGAGCGAUUAUAGCACUUAUCUAUCGAGCGAGAGCGAGCGGACAACGGAUCACAGUCUACCACUCGGCACGAUUGAAGAUCCAACGUUUGAUUCGGGUUUAUCUUUGGAUUACUCGUUGCCGAGUGAUAUCCAAUCACCAUCACCCGAAUUCCUCUCGUCAUUCUCUCCCUCCCAUAAUCUGCAGACCGAAUCGCGCAUGGAGUCUCUUACAGACGCCGAAGUAACCCCGAGGGAAUAUCCUACUGUCUCUUCUUCGAGUAGCUUCCAAAGUCCCGAUUAUCCUGGCACUUGCACCAAAUCGUCGACCUAUGCCCAUCUUCGUCCACAAUCCAAACUGCAUUUAGGUAAUGAGAUGAGGGAGGGAUCCGUGCAACGGUGCAGCCCGAACGGGGAGGUGGAGAGAGAGACGGCUAAAGGAGAAGCUGAAAGGAUACGCAGGAUCCAGGAUGUCGAAGGAGGCCUCGUUUCUCUACAAGCAAGACUCUCGAAUCUCGAAGGAACGAUAGGUUAUUUGCCUCGAGACAGCGUAGAAUCUAUGCUUUCAUCUCUUAUGACUAUAUUGACGGAGCUUCGUACUUAUGACGAGGAAGCUACGCAACUUGAAAAGCGAUUACACGAAAUUCCUGCUGACAUUGAGUGCCAAAGGCUCUCGGUAGCUUUAACGGGAAUUCAUACACGCGUCACUUCUCUUCUCGAUCAAGCGGAACAAGGGAGGGUAGCUCUCGAACAGGCACGAGCAAACCGAGAGAGACGCGGCCAAGAGAUUCAUACUUAUAAAUUAUUCCUCGAAGAGACAGAUACUUGGCUAAGAAACGUCGUAUCAAAACUACAUGAGCAAUAUUCAAUUAAUACCAACAAGGCUCUGCAGGAAGAAUUAAUGAGUCGCGUACAUCAAGUCUCAGAACUCGAAUCGUUGCCGGAAGUGAGUGCGCUAGCGAUAGCGCUGAAGGAAGCCCUCUCGGAUGUAAUUAAUCGUCUCCAGCGAAAGCAGCAGGAGAUCUGUGAUGAGGAAGCUCAAGCUGACGACGAAUCGACAGAAAAAGACAAUGCUACUCUGGAUGAAGCGCCCUCAAUUCAUUCCUCCAUAGAAGGUGGUCCGCCAUCCUUGGCUGACGUUUCCUUACAGACAGGUCAAAGUUUACUGGUCGACGACAUUGUUGAGAGAAAGGCGCAACUUACAAAACAGACGUCUACGACACAGAUGCCAUCGUCAAUCACGUGUCAUUCUCUCACGACACAAACAUCGCAAGAAUUAUUACCGAGCGAAGGUGCUCAAACGCAGGAAGCGAUAAAAGUCUUAAAGACCACAACGGACGAUCACGAUGUGAUCGAGAUCGCAACCAAGUACGUACCGUCUAGUUUCAGUCAAGAGACAGCGCGUCGGGAACAAUCCAACAUUCUGCCCAGCGAAGACAUCGUCGUCGAUAUGAAGUAUCAAGAUGCGAAGAAGACCGAUAGCGCGACGAGCGAACUGAACAUCGUCCAUGCCGCGCCACAAUCCUUUGAGACAGUUCUAGUCGAGCCGGACGACGUCACCACCGAAGUGGUCGUCGAUGCCGACGGUACUAAGAGGAUUAUUGUAAAAAAAUUACGACGUACCACAGUUACCAGCAGGCAAACCACACAACAGCGUGUGUCCACGCUGUCGGCGGCGCUUGGAGACGCGCCGCCAAUGAUGCAGGCUUUCUCGGAGGCUGCAAUGAGAGAUCAACAAGUCACUAUGACCAGAACAAGACCAGAUGGUACCAUCGAGACCACGACAAGACAGAUUUACGGUGGCAAAGUCACUACAGGCGCGCCCGCCGAAGGUAUCAAUGUAGAGGAAUACGAAUCCGAGCCACAUUAUACGCGCAUGGUGACACAAGGUCAAAUAGGAGACAUCAGUUGCGAGCCAGUCGAGGAAGAGAUAUUGAUGGAAGGUGGUGAGUAUCAAACGAGGACAUCGAGCGUUCAUGCUGUGGUGCAGCAAGUCACAAGACGGGUGAUCAAGCGAACGCGUAAAAUCAUCCGGAAAGUUACCAUCGUAGACGGCAAGGAGACCACUACCGAAGAGGUGAUCGAAGAGCCUGAAGAAGUAGAAAUAGAUGAGCAGGAUAUACCACACAUCAGUAUUAACGUGGUUAAGAGCGAAGAUAAAAAAAUUAUACUUCCAACAGAAAAGGCAAUAGAGCAGGAAAUAACGAGACCAGAGAUACCAAUAGGAUCUUAUAUCUCUGAAAGUUCGAUGCAGGGGCCAUUCUUUGGGCCAUUUGCUAAGGAUAUUACGAGCAAGCCUCGAGAUAAAGUAGAGAAGAUCACAGGAACUUCAGAUUCGAUUGCAGAAAGGGAUGGUGAUGUCAUGGAAACGAAAAUAUUGGAUAUUGAAGAUCAUAAAAAAGAAAUUACAUUGUUAGAAGAACCCGCGAUAAAGGUGGUAGAUUCUAAAACAGAAACAGCGGACUCUAAGACUCUAAAAUUAACAGAUUCCACACAAGCAGCAGUACUUUCUUCUGUGGAAAAGCACGUAUCACAAGCAGAAAACUUGGCUAGCGACGAAAGUGUAGUACGAACAGACGUUAAACAGCAAGCAAUGGAUAAACAAGAACACGAGUAUUUCCCUACUGAGGUAAAUGGUAUAAGUACACUUGUGAUUGAUAAUCAAGCGUUGAUCGAUGCUGAACGAUCCGUUUUGCAGACUCCUGUCAAAGAUGUUACAACGGUACAAUCGGAAUCUGUAAAAUCCCCAUUAGAGCCAGCCGUAACAGAUGAUGAGCCGGUGGUCACCAAGGCUACUUGUAAGUCUGACGAUGCACCAGUAAAGAGCGAAACACUCAGUAUCGAGCUAGAAAAUGGCACGGUAGAAGUAGAGACGCACCAUGGUGAUAGCACUGUAGAAGCUGGUAAAGAUGUCGAUGUAUCGAAUGUCAUUGUAUUAGAGAAAGAACAUGAUGGAAAGGAAGAGUCAAAAAGAGAGGUAUCGCUCGAGUCAGCCAAGGAAGUUACGGCGUUAACAUCACUUGAAAAAUCGGAGCCAGGAAACGGAGCAAUCAUUCUAGCGAGUAAGUUAGACAUUUCUGAAUUUGAUGAAAAUACGGAAAAAACUACUUCAAGAUUGAAAGCUGUGGAAACACCUAAAGAACGACAAAUGUCACCAGAAUUAUUGAGACGUGAGGAAAAGGACAAGGAUGAAGCAUUCAAACCAGAAUAUAAACCGAUGUUCCACAAGGUUGAAAUAGCUCUGUCGGUGCGUAAGGAAGAUGAGGAAGCGGAACCAUUGGUCUCUAUCAAAACUCAAGCAGAAAGACCCGAAAUUGCCCCGUACAGCAUCGUCAAAGAAGAUGUAGACAUUAGUCUUCCAGUAGACAAGGAAACGACAGAGGUGAUACACGAUAAAAUUGUGCAGACCACCGCCUUUUUAACAGCUGAAAAACAAACGGAAACCUUACAAUUAUGUACCGCAGAAAAAGAAGUCGAUGUUCACAUCGAAUCGUCAGAAAAGAGUAAAUCUGAUACGACAAGUCACAAAGGUAGAAAAAAGAAACGGCAUAAGGAUAAAUCGGAGUCCUCGGAAAAGCCUGUGGAAACAGAAUCCAGCACUUCCAUUGCUACAUCAGUUGCCGAAUCCAUGGAGAUCAAUAUUCCCUCAUCUGAUUCGUCUAAACAUGUUAGCGAGCAGCCGCAACCGGACGUUGCAGAAAUCAUCAAGUCUAUUACCGAAUCGUCUUUAAGCUUGGACGAUGGUAUUGCGACAGAGAAUGAUGGAUAUCAACCGGAUGAUAAAACCAUGGAUGAAUUAUCGAUCGCGCUGGACGAUGAGGAUGGCACAAAGAAGAAAAAGAAAAAAAAGAAAAAGCAAAAGGUUCGACAGCUUCGAGAUGGAGAUUUGGCUCACAUGCUUAAAACUAGUAGCGACGAUGUGGUAUUCACGGAUGAUGCAAAAGAUAAAACAAAUGGAAGCAGAAUAAUAGACGAGGAGAAAAUGAAAGAAGAAGAGCCAAAAGAGACAAAAGAAACUAUAGCCGAAAUGUUACAGCAUGAAAGUAAAGGUGACGCGAAUACUCAAACAGCUAUGGAGACAUGUGACGUAUCAACUUCACUCACUCCAAAAGCAGAAGAAAGUCUCUCUACGUUUAUGCAAACGUCUCCUGAGCCGGCACCGCUCACUUUAGAAGAAGAAAUACAAACGGCUAAAACUACAGAGAUUCAUAUUGAGACGCAAACCAUUUUAGAACCCGGACUUGACUUCAGCGCUCAGACUAUCGCAGAAGAAACUCCAGAGGUUGAAGAUUCAGGUGUACAAACUAUGACACCUACGGCAACGCCAAUGGAAGAGUUCGCUAUUCAAACUAGUCCAAUGGAAGAUAUCUCUCCUGCCGUUAUUGCAGUAGAAACGGAAGAUUCUCAAGCACAGACGACUGAAAUUGAUGUUCACUCCAUGGAAAUGCAAACUUCACCCAUUGAAUUAGCUCCAACUAUAGCGAUUGAAACUCAAACAACAACAAAUACUGUAAUGGAAGUUGGACAACAGACUACUCCACCACCAGUAACAGAAAAAGUUGUUGUGCAAGAAAUUUCUAUUCAAACGUUGUCUGAGGUACCAGAGUCUGUCGAAAAAGACAUGCAAACAAGUGCUCCGGCAACCCCGGAACAACCAGACGUUUCGCAUGCAGAUACUCAAACAAUAGCGCCAGGAGUUGCUGAAACAACGGAAACACAAACGACACCUGAAGAGAGUCCUCGAAAGGUGGAGUUGCAGGAAAGCGAAAUGCAAACAAAAUCGCCCGAGCCAACCAAAGAAACCAUGAUGCAAACGAGUCCAACUAUAGUUAGUCCCGAACAUAUACAAGUAUGCGAAGAAUUUGCCCAAACUAGCAUUGAAGAAAUGAAACAGACUAUCGAGGAAGAAUCACAGACAUUACAGACCAGUCCGCGGAAAACUGAAACCUUUGACAGUUCGGUGCAAAUAAAGGCAGAAGAACUGAUACCACAAAUUGAAGAGGGUGUGCAAAAUAUUCCCGAGGUAUGCGAGAUAAGUGUACAAACAUCACCGGAAGAGAAGCAAUCAGCUGAAACAAUGUCGGUAUCUCAACAGACAACACAUAUUCCAACUCAUACUGUUGAGGUAUCUACGGAAGAUUUUAAGAUUGGAAUAACGGAGAAAGAAGAUCUGCGCGAAGCGUCCGUUCCAGGAGAAAUAGCUAGCUCAGAAGAGAUAAAGAAAAAGGAGAAUGUAAUGUCUAUAGAUUUAGUGGAAACUCCAGCAGCACCUGAUGUACAAGUACCAGAAAGUAUAAAAUUCUUAAAGAAAGAAAGGGAAGGAGAAAUUGUAAAUAAGCUGAUACCAGAGAUUCCCACAGUGGUUCCAGACAAUGUCAAACAAAUGGAAGAAUCCAUUGAGAGGGAAGCGAAACUUGAACUUUCUGAAACAUCUAUAACAGAAGAUCGUCCAAAACUAUUGGAGACUGUCGAAAAGACAAAAGAAUCUACGCCAUCUUCAAUGUCAGAAAAGGAUACUACUUCGGAUACGUCAUUUGAAAUUCAUGUUCACGCAACCAUAGAAUUAUCCGCCAGUGACACGCUCGAUAGUGCUGCAUCUGAUAGCAAAGAAACGGCUGAUACUUCGCAGGAUACCACAAUUGCCGAGGAUUUAAAUAAUGACACAAGUAUCGCCAAGCAUGAUAAUAAAGCAGCGAAACGGCAAAAGAGAAAGAGAAAGCAUAAGACUAUGGAGAUUAUUCUACCGAGCAAAGACAAGUCGGAGCUCGAAUCCAUUGGGCAACCCAUGGAAUCCCAAGAUAAUGUCAUGAAACUGUCUUAUUGCGACAUUGCCAAAAAGCAUGAGAGCAGACAUUCUCCCGUGGGAGGUGACAUCUCGGAGGAAGCGGCCGAGAUAUCCGAAUAUCCUUCUCAAAUCGAAUCAGAUGUAAAAUCAGCAGAGACUGCGUUAAAGACUGUGAUAGAAAGAAUGGAUCGACGUGACGAAGGCAUUCAGGAAACCCCCUUAGACAUUUCAACUACCUCGGAAACAGUACCUAUAUCAACGAGUGAUCAAUUUGCGAUUGACUCGAGUCACAACAUUCCAGAAACGAUAGUACCUGAAGUAGCAACAGUACGAAAGUCAUUUGCGCUUAGUAGACCGACGAUAGAACCAUUGUUGAUGUCGUCGGAUCCACAAAAACUGUCCGGAAUAACAUCUACAUCGCCUGAGCCAAUGGAUACCACUGAAGAACCAUUGACGCCCAUAGAAAUCGAGCAGCCUAUUCUAAAUAAAGAAACUAUUACACCAUUCCGGGCAGAGAUUAAGACAUAUGCCGAAGUAAUAUCCGAAACACCGGCAGCACCGUCCUUAUCCAACACUGAAACAUAUGAAAAGAGAGAAAUGUGGAAGGAACCCACAACCAAAGUAUCGUCUCCUCAAGCUUCAUCCGCGGCUUUCCUUUUAAAUGAAUCUUUGGAGUAUAGCGCCAAAUCGCAACAUCAGGGAACGCAAACGAUGCAAGCUGCUAAAAUAAUAACUGAUCGAGUGAAGAAUCUACAAAAUACCAACGAAUCGAGUCAUUUGGGUAACAUCUUGCAUAUCGCACAUCUGGAAGAAGUCACCACGGAGAGACUCGCAGAAGAACGCUCGUCGGAUAUUCGCCGAGAACUGGCACAACUCAAAAGUGCUGUUCAAGAGAACGAUGUGAUAGUCGUCGAAGAAACUCUCGUCACUGUCGUCGAAACGAUCUCGACUUGGCUAGAAACCAUUGAAUACCGAAUCUUUCUAAAUAGAGAAUGUCCGACUGGGCCUUCCCACGAGGACGCUAAAACGUUCGUUGAAUUGAAAGACGAGGUGAAUCAUGUAGAAGAAAGUAUCCGCGAACUCGAUAAUAUUUGGAAGCAAUUGGAACCAAACUAUCCGGUAGGCGAACGAGAAAAACUGCGAGAAUGCGUAGACGCCCUUGAACACCAGGUGAAGAUUAUCGAAAACGUUACCACUGACGGAGAGAGAUAUGCUAAUAGACAACUCGCAAGAUGGGAUGAAUUUCUAAAUGGCAUUAAUAACGUAUACAGAUUAAUCGAAGAGCAACGCAAACAGCUCGAUUAUAUAAUUGAAAGCGAGUAUUCAACACAAUGGAAGUUACAGGAACUCGAUAAACUGGAGAACACGAAUCGCUGUCACAUGUGGAAGACAAGUAGGCUUCUCGACGCUGCUCGUGAAUUACUGCGCAAUCAUCCUGGCAAGAUCAUACCAGAAGAAACCUAUGCCGCUCACGAGAUGACAAAGAUCAUAGAACACGGUAUAUGUGUCGAACGAGAGCGUCUUCUCCAAUUGCUCGCUUUAGCCGAAGAAUACGAGCAAACUCUUCAGGAAUUUGCGCAAAUUAUCGAAAUUGCCGAAAAUCUGCUGGACAGUCCGAUAUCCGUGAUAAGUCUGGAACAUCUCCAGGAGGAAAUGCAGAAGCACAGAAAAUUUUUUGUCAAUCUGAACCAUUGUCGUGCGAUCCUCGAAUCGCUGGAAGGCAAUCUAGACCCUGAAACCAGAGCCAUACACUCGGGUUUGCACGAAGAACUGCAUAGUAAAGCAACGGCGUUACUCGAUCAGGCGGCAUCAAGAGCGCAACAAAUGGCCUUGGCCGCGUCGCGAUGGAUACUACUCGAGCAGGGAGUAAAGGAGGAAAGAGGAUGGCUACAAGUUGCACAUCAAAGAGUCCCUGAUCUUCAAACGGUGACUUCAACCGACUAUGACCAAUACAUCUCUUUAUAUCAAUCUCUAUCAUCGGACGUAGCGACUCAUCAUGCAAGGAUAAUUAAAUUACUCAGCGUGGCACGUAGCCUUCAUGAUCUCAUCAAUAUCGAGGAUCCUGAAGACCGAUACGGUGAAGCUUUAGACGUGAUCGUACAGUUGCAAGACAAUAUCGAAUCCUCCCUGAAAAGAUUGCUGGCCUUUAGGGAGAGUUGGAAUAGUCAAGAGAUGUUGAUGAAUCGCGUAGAGCACUGGAUGAUAAUGGCCGAAAAGAAACUUGCUACAUUACACGAUCCAUUGGGAAGUUCUAUGCGUCAAUUCUGGGAAUUAAAGGCGCAGUAUGAGGUUCACAAUAACAUGCGUAAUGAAGCGGACAACUACUUCGAACAGGCCCUACGAAUUAUACCCCUGUCGGAUGAAAUAUUGCAGCGACAGUUUUACUACGAACUGCAGGGUCGUUGGAACGGGGUCAGUGAUAAAAUCAACGAGAUUCAAAAAGAUAUCACUCGCAGCAUUUCCUCGGAAGACAUCUCGUCGAAUGAAAAAUUGAAGUUACUGGAGAGGGAAUUGAACGAGCUACGAAUAACCAUCAACAGUUUCCAUGGGGUGUUGAAGACAGAGGGGGAACUUGAUUUGUACGUCGAGAGACUCACCAUACUGUUCGAAAGGAUUUCCUUAAUCCAAAACGAGAUAGGCAGACUAGGUCUUCUACCGGCGGCGGAGAGCGAAAGAGUCGGAAUUUUGUUAUCAUCGGCGCGUUGCAUAGAGGGACAGAUAGGCGAGGAGCUGGACUCGGCGCAACUACUCAGAGAAAAGAUUCAAGCUCUUCAACGUGGAUUGAGUCGUUUCAGAAAGGCGCACAAAAGAUUGUCAACGAUACUGGAUCAAUGCGAGGGUAGCGAAAGGCAAGAAAGCGACCUAGUGGCUGCGGCUGUAGAUCGUUGUCGAUCUGUCGCAGACGAGUUAGCUGUUCUCUGGCAGGAUCUAAUGGCAUUAAGACAGAUGCUACAUAAUUUACCUACUGGCAUGAGAGUGACAGUGUCACCGGUGGGCAUAGAAAGAGACUUGUCCAAUAUACAGGACGUACACACCGAACUUGAAUCCAGAUGUGCGCAUCUGCUUUCAUUGCUGACAAACAGAUUGGAGUUAUGGCGACGAUUCGAGAGGCAGCUGGAAAUGGUACAACAGUCUGUCCAAGAAGCGGAUUAUAUGAUGGAAUUGUUAACCGUCCAAGGUUCCGUCGACUACGACAGACUGCUGAAGGCCACCGAACGUCUCGAGGGUCUAAACGGUGAUUUGGGCGCUCGAGAAGUUCUCAUUGGCGAAUUACGUGCCGCUGCCGAGCCUCUGCGGGAGAGCUGCGCCGCAGAGGUCCGCGAAAGGGUCGACGCCGCAGUAAAUGAGGCCGUACAGGCUUGGGACGAUACAAGGGCCGAAUUGGAUGCCCUUUGCACUCGAUAUCAACACGCGUGCAGACUCUGGCAGCAAUACAGAGACUCUAGUGCCGCGGUGAAGGUCUGGGUAGACACCCAAAUGAACAGUGUGGCAAAUUUGCCACCGGAAGAAGCAGCCAAACAAGUUAAGGUUUGCGAGGAGACACUGGCGGAGCACAAAGAGAGACUGGUAGAACUGCGCGGUCUGGUGGCACAGAUUGCAUCGGACGUGGGUUUGGACGCUGGUGGACCGCUGCACUGCGAAGUUGAAGCGCUAGGUCAACGACUCGAAGAUGUUCGAGAAACCUUGUCGACCCUCGCGGACACGGUGGACGCCCGUGUCCUCAACCAGGAACUCGCCCGCGGUGAUCUAUGCCAGACGAAAAAUUUCCUGGAUUCGGUCCAACAGAGUUUGACGGCGGUGGGUCAAGGCGAAUCCAAUGAACAGCUGACGGUGCUACGGAACCAUCUACUCGCGUUAACUAGAACCGAGCCGCAGCUUCAAUCCAUCAAGGAUCGCGCGUUAGACGUUUCCGUGCAGGAACCGUCAGUGGUCGAGGUGGUCCAGUUAUGGCAGCGCGUCUUCCAAGAGACCUUCCAGCAAUAUCACCGUUUGUCAACGCGAUUGAUCCGCUCGCAGGACGUGAUCGCCGCGCUAAGACUCUGGGAAGAAUAUCUGACGCACGUGCAGGAUUUCCUCUCGUGCGGUAUGCCGGGUGAUUACAGCGGUUUGUCAGAGCAUCGGAAUCUCUGCGAGGUUCAUCGGAAGCUUUUGCCCGAGCAGCAGAAUCUUAUAUUGACGGUGCGACUAGGGGAGGAUCGUGAUCUAUCAGUUGCCGAACAGUUUAACGCCUUGACAAAUCUCCACAAUGAGACGUUGGCGAGAAUAUUGGAGCGGCAUACGGCAGUGCGCGACAGGAUAUCGGCUUGGGAUAGGUACAGGUUGGAUCAAGGAAAGCUGUUGACGUGGUUGAAGGAGGUUGAGAGAGAACGGCAGCGCAUGCACUUGCAGUUCAUCCACCUGAGGCGGCUUGAUAAGAUUCUGCAAAGAAUUCAGGCGCUGUUGGACAAGAUGCCAGAUGGCGAGGCUCAAAUAGAGUCCCUUCAGGAACAGCAGGAAUAUCUUCUAGCUAAUUGCGACGAGGCGCUGGCCGUCUCAAUACGCAUGGAACACGCCGCGAACGCACAGCGAAUCGCGAAUCUGCGAGCUGGUCUCGAAACCUGGAGGGAUUUUGUUCAACGAGUGCAGAAAUUACACAAGGAGCAUGUCGAGCAGUCCGAGAUAGUCGCCGCAAUUUUCAAACAAGUUAGCCAAACAUUGAGUGCGGCUUUCCACGCAGGACCAAUAAGUCUAUCCAAGACGAAGGAGCAGCUUGACUCGCUUGGACACUUGAAAACUCGUCUAGCUGACGCGCAACGUAAUCUAGAGUCUCUUGGCGUCGUCACGGAACAAUUGAGAGAGUGUCUCAGUCCGAGCGACACGAAGACAUUAAAUCAACACGAUGCACUUCUGUUGCAACAACACGGCGACCUUGAGUAUCAAUUGGCCUUAUUAGCAUGCAGGCUCGGAGAACGUUGUGCUCUUCACGGUCGAUGGGAAAAUAGGUUAAAUAAAUUAUUAACUUGGAUGGAGGAAACGGCGAUCAGAAUGCAGGACGACGACGACGACACGAUGGCGCUGGAUGAACCUGAAGAGGCGGUGAAGCGACUUGAAUGCGAGCUGCAGACGGAAAUGAGCUUGAAACAGCGCGAACUUGAGUGGCUGCGGAAUAUCGGGCAGGAACUGAUAGAGGCCGCCGAGGAGACGGAGAAAGCAAAGCUACAGCGAUCCUUGGACGAAGUCAACGAGAAGUGGAGUCGUUUAAUGGCCGGCGGUAAAGCAAGAGCUAAUAAGCUGGCCAAUCUAAUUCAAACUAUGAAUUCGCUGCUGAAGAGGAUAGCCGAUUUACGAACUUGGCUGACCAGUAUUGAAGGUCAACUGUCGGAAGUUAUCAUUAUUGAGGAACUCACGCAGAGGAGUAUCGACAAAAAGUUGGAGGAUCAUAAUCAUCUCAGGACAACUAUUGAGACAAAAAGCGGCGACAUCAGCGAAGUACUAAACUUGUGUAAAAUCCUGCUAAACGAUUGCGACACGUGGAAAGCCUCCUUUAACAUGGACAGUAUAAAGAACGGUAUGGAAAAUGUGGAGAAACGCUGGAAAGCCGUGUGCAGUAAAUGUACCGAACGUAAGCGAAAAAUCAUGAUGAUUUGGAAGUUGCUGCAGGAGUUGGAUAAAACUAGAUGCGAGCAUGAAUCGUGGUUAGCAAAAACGGAAAAGUCCCUGUUGGAACUGGAGAACGAUCUUGCAGAGAUCUCGAAAGAAGAGUCGGAGAAGGUGACCGAAAAAGCUAACUCGAUCGCUAAGGAUAUCGAGGCUCAUCAAAAAGCCUUGAAGAUCCUCGAGCAGAUAUUUGGGCGCCUGGCCAAGUCGGGAUUAGAUCCCGACAACUUUAGGUCGCUCACGGCCGAGACGCGAAAGAUCAUCGACAGGUGGUUGGCUCUCGAGACAAGAAUUAACGCUAUCAUCUCGAGUAUUCAACGGGAACAAAAGACUUAUCGCGAGUUCGUAUCCACGCAUGGUGUUGCGGUAAUGGGCCUGACGCAGGUAGAUGUUCGCCUAACACAAAUGCAGCACCUUGCCACGCCCGAACAGAGGUCGUCUCUGCGACGUAGGCAUCAACAGUUGUGCGAGGUCGAGGAAGAACUCGAUACUCAAAACGUUACGUUGCGCAAAGCAGAUGAGCUAGCAUUAAGGGUCAUGCAGGAGAGCAAUCCCGACGACGUGGCUGCGAUUCAAGAGCUGGUGGACGAAUACCAGCUCCUGUGGCGGGACAUCAAGGCGCGAGUGGCCGCGCUGAAAGCGGAACUGGAGACGCAAGAAAGAUCGGAGGUCGAUGAGGCGGUACAGGUGGAGACUUUGAAAUUCGAGCAGGACACAGCGGUUCAAGUAGACACCCUGCCGAGGCUUGUCAAGAUGACCUCGUGUGACGCAUAUUUAAUGGAACUGGAAGCUGCUUUGAGCGAAUGCAAUAACGCCUUAAAUGCUCUGGAAGCAGCGGUAACACCUGACCCCACAUCUGGUCCUGGACUCAACGCGGCAGCUAAAACUAUUGCUAAACUGAUCGGAAGUUGCCAGUCCUCGAUAGAAUUGGUACGCCACCUUCAUAAUCUGCUCAUGGAAGACGGCAAAUUGAGUUUAGGAGCUGCUAAAAGUAGUGAGGUAACAACACUAAUAGCUCGAUACGACACACUCAUUGCACUAGCAAGAGCACGUGAACAGCAAAUCAGAGAGCUCAGAUCGCCCGUCACCGAUGCUUACGCUUUUCCAUGUGACCACGAUAGUGGCAGAUUAACCUGUCCAUUAUGCUCUCGCCGUAAUUGGGCUCAACUGGACAAUGAUCUUUGGCGUUUGGACAAAUGGCUGGAGUACGCCGAGGGUACGCAGAGUGAGCAACACUCGCCGUCCAGUGAUAUAGAGCAAUUGGAGGACGUGAUUCAGGAUCAUCGCGAGUUUCUACUGGACCUCGACAGUCACAGGAGCAUUGUGACGAGUUUGAAUAUAGUCGGCGCUCACUUAGCCGAUCAUACCGAGGAUACGGAACGCUCGAAGGAGCUUCGUGACCGAUUGGCCGUAGCAAACGGCAGAUGGGAAAAAAUCUCUACAGCUGCCGCGGAGUGGCAGGGACAGCUGCAACACGCUCUCAUAACGAAUCGUCAGUUCUAUCGUAUUAUAGAGGAAUUGCUAAGUUGGCUCGAACGCACCGAGGUCAGCAUUCGGGCGAGUGAACCGAUCGAUUUGACUGAAUCCACCAAUGUUAUAGAGGCAAAAUAUAAUCAAUUUAGGGAAUUGCGAAGCGAUCUGGAACGUUGCGAGCCACGAGUGAUAUCGUUACAAGAGGCGACUAAUUAUCUUUUAGACGAACAGACAGAGACCAGAACGCGUCUGCAAGAACUGCGAUUAAGGUUGCAGUCGUUAAGAAGACUAACGGGAAUCUACACUCUGAAAUUGGGGGCUGCCCUCGGGCUGGACCCGCGGGAUGUCGGUUUUGCCACUACGUCUACGUCUCUCGCAUCUCUCUCACACGACCUACUCGACGAAGCUGCCUCUGGGACCGCUCAGCCUCACGCCACCGGCACAGAUGGUGACGAAAGAGAUGAAACGGUAUUUGCACGUGGUUCGCGCUUCUUAGGACGGGUUCUACGAGUUUCUCUCCCAAUCCAAGCGCUGAUGCUGUUACUGCUUGGCGUCGCGUCGCUGGUGCCGUCUGCAGAAGAAGACUACAGUUGUAUGCUCUCUAACAAUCUCGCAAGGAGCUUCACGCCGGUAGCCUUCUACCCGAACGGACCGCCACCGGUGUAACAGUGAACGGCGACGUCCUUGUUUCGCCGCGUGGUCACUUUGUCAAGACUCGAGGUUGAUACUUCACACUUGUAAGACAUUGGCGAGGCAAGCCGAUACAAAGUCGAUGAAACUUGUUUACAUUUACCCCCGCGCAAUUAGCAUUCAAGGAUACAAAAUUCAAACUGCCCUGAGUUUGCUUCGCCAAUGUUUCCGCCGACUGUAGCCGCAGUGCGCGUAACGCAGAAAUCUUUAUAUAAUAUACAUGUAUUGUAAUUUUACAUACGACGAAUUUGUACGUAAGAAUAAUGUAACGGACCAAACGGUGACUGAGAAUAUGUAGUCGACGAGAACACACAUUCUUUAAUUUAUUAUAUAUAUAUAUACAUAUAUAUAUAAUAUUGUAUAUUUCACUAUUCAGCGCGUGCAUUAAUCAUGCUUCCUCCCGUGCGAAGCGUGCACAGUCAAGUGCAUAACAGGACGAUAUCGUGACAACGUACUUGUAAAGAUAUUGAUUCCGAUUCGAGACGUUCGAAUGUGUAUACCGACCCUGUAUAUUAACCCUUUAGUUGCGAGAGAUGUGUACAUACAUCUUGAGGAAGUUGCCUUUUAUUUGCGGAAAAAGCAUAUAUAUAAUAUAUAUUUGUAGUUAAAGUUUGGAGCAUUCUUGGAGCGAAAAUUUAACAUUUGCCCAAAUUUAACAGGCUUAUGAAAAUUAAUAUAUAUAGUUGAAACAAUAAAAUUAUAACAGACAAAUUUAAAAUAAAUAAACGAUGAAAAAAAAUAUAAAAUAUCGCGGAACAAAAAUUCAUCCGCGCGUUCUUGCUUCUAUGCACAUUUUCUCGCUACUUUUGUCGUCAAUUCUAGCGAGAUUAUGGCCACAAUAAAACAUUGCGUCAGUCAAAUUGUCAACGACCUUAGAAAUUUCGGUAAGGAGAAAAUAAUAUCCCUUGCCAUAUGCGACUUGAAAUAUUAGAAUCUGAGGAAUGUCCUAAUCAUCGUACGGAACUUAAAUAAUUGUACAAACGGAAGACCUCAAGUCAUUCAAUUAUUUCUCGAAAAAUGAUUAUCCCGCGAGGAAGUAUAUUACGCAAUCAAAAGAGAUGUUCCUUCUGUUACAAUCAGCUAAUCGAGUUCUGGGACAGUGAAGAUAAGUCUUUAAGUAUCUCGGAAGAUUCUAAUAAGAUCGAAGAUGAAAACAAUGUAUAUAAUUUCUGAAUAUAUAUGUAUAUUUUUAUUUUCUAUCUAAUUUAUCGAAUACAUUAUCUAAUUCAAUAAUAUGCAGAUUAUAAUUUAA